AUGGCCGCCAUGCAGUUACUGGCUGUCACACCAAGCAAAUCCAAUAAUAUUCUCUGGACUGCAUAUUCGUCUGUGUAACACAUAUCUAAAACGGCAGACAGGGCUGCUGUUUACUUCUAAGCGCUCGUUGCGCCACACAAAAUAUGUCCGACGUGCCACCCCUAAGAUGGCCGCCGCGAGCAGUCACCGCCGCACGCUCUCUAGGCAGACUUAGCGUCCGCAGCCGGUGACGUCACGGAUCGCCAGCCUGAGCCACCGGAAGCAGCUGCGCAGUCGGGAGGCUGGAGCCAGAGCUGCUGGUAUUGCAGUGGGAGCAGGUUUGGGGAUAUUGUCCAGGUACUGUCCUGUGCUGAGCCUGUACAGAGACCACGUGAGGGGAUGCAGGAUAGAUGGUGGCUUCUAGUGUGCUCUUGUGAUCUGCUCACUAUCUGUCAUGUCCUAUAUAAACAAUCUCUGUAUAGGUAGAUAGUGCAGCAUAGUGUGUGUGGGGGGUUACACUGGGACAUUAGUGGACACUGCUCAAAUUAUUUCAUAAAUAUUUUAUAUAAUUCUUUUAGUUCAUUCAAAGUGUACCAUGCAAUGUGAACAUCUAUCCUGUGAUUGUUAUAUGUCAUUAUUUAUGGUGAGAUUGUAAUUGUGAUCAACAGAUGUGAAAUGUUUUGUUUUUGUUAAUUUUAUUAUUAUUUUUUUAUUUUAUUUAUUUAUUUAUUUUUAUUGCUGGUGCAGUUUGCCCAUGUUGUGAAAAACAAAUUAUAGGGCAAGUUUCUAAAAUAAAGCUGGAGCAAUCAGACGGGAAAUGUAUUAGGUUUCUCAAAUUAUUAGAUGCGAUGUAGUUAUAAAGGUUCUAAUAGGCAACCUUUGGCAUUCCAGAUGUCUUGGACUACAGAUCAUUUGAUGCUUUACCAGCAUUUUGACUGUAAGAGCAUUAUGUAAUCCCCAACAUCUGGAGUGUCAACAUCUGGGUUGUAUGUUAAUGCAGUUGAAAUAGAGAUAUUUACAACUGUGGCAGCUACAGUGGAGGGGAGUGUUUAGUAUCCCUUUUGUGCUAAGUGCAAACCCCACAGUACUCAGUGUGAAGAUGCUACAGGUUGUGGAUUGCCACAAUAAGUAUUUUGGGUCGGCAGGUGCACUUACAGUUGCAAGAAAAAGUAUGUGAACCCUUUGGAAUGAUAUGGAUUUCUGCACAAAUUGGUCAUAAAAUGUGAUUUGAUCAUCAUCUAAGUCACAACAAUAGACAAUCACAGUCUGCUUAAACUAAUAACACACAAAGAAUGAAAUGUUGCCAUGUUUUAUUGAACACACCAUGUAAACAUUCACAGUGCAGGUAGAAAAAGUAUGUGAACCCCUAGAUUAAUGACAUCUCCAAGAGCUAAUUGGAGUGAGAUGUCAGUCAACUGGAGUCCAAUCGAUGAGAUGAGAUUGGAGGUGUUGGUUACAGCUGCCCUGCUCUAUAAAAAACACACACCAGUUCUGGGUUUGCUUUUCACAAGAAGCAUUGCCUGAUGUGAAUGAUGCCUCGCACAAAAGAGCUCUCAGAAGACCUACGAUUAAGAAUUGUUGACUUGCAUAAAGCUGGAAAGGGUUAUAAAAGUAUCUCCAAAAGCCUUGCUGUUCAUCAGUCCACAGUAAGACAAAUUGUCUAUAAAUGGAGAAAGUUCAGCACUGCUGCUACUCUCCCUAGGAGUGGCCGUCCUGUAAAGAUGACUGCAAGAGCACAGCGCAGACUGCUCAAUGAGGUGAAGAAGAAUCCUAGAGUGUCAGCUAAAGACUUACAAAAGUCACUGGCAAAUGCUAACAUCCCUGUUAGCGAAUCUACAAUACGUAAAACACUAAACAAAAAUGGAUUUCAUGGGAGGAUACCACAGAGGAAGCCACUGCUGUCCAAACAAAACAUUGCUGCACGUUUAAAGUUUGCACAAGAGCACCUGGAUGUUCCACAGCAGUACUGGCAAAAUAUUCUGUGGACAGAUGAAACCAAAGUUGAGUUGUUUGGAAGAAACACAGAACACUAUGUGUGGCGAAAAAAAGGCACAGCACACCAACAUCAAAACCUCAUCCCAACUGUGAAGUAUGGUGGUGGGGGCAUCAUGGUUUGGGGCUGCUUUGCUGCGUCAGGGCCUGGACGGAUUGCUAUCAUCGAAGGAAAAAUGAAUUCCCAAGUUUAUCAAGACAUUUUGCAGGAGAACUUAAGGCCAUCUGUCUACCAGCUGAAGCUCAACAGAAGAUGGGUGUUGCAACAGGACAAUGACCCAAAGCAUAGAAGUAAAUCAACAACAGAAUGGCUUAAACAGAAGAAAAUACGCCUUCUGAAGUGGCCCAGUCAGAGUCCUGACCUCAACCCGAUUGAGAUGGUGUGGCAUGACCUUAAGAAAGCGAUUCACACCAGACAUCCCAAGAAUAUUGCUGAACUGAAACAGUUCUGUAAAGAGGAAUGGUCAAGAAUUACUCCUGACCGUUGUGCACGUCUGGUCUGCAACUACAGGAAACGUUUGGUUGAAGUUAUUAAUGCCAAAGGAGGUUCAAUCAGUUAUUAAAUCCAAGGGUUCACAUACUUUUUCCACCUGCACUGUGAAUGUUUACAUGGUGUGUUCAAUGAAAACAUGGCAACAUUUCAUUCUUUGUGUGUUAUUAGUUUAAGCAGACUGUGAUUGUCUAUUGCUGUGACUUAGAUGAUGAUCAGAUCACAUUUUAUGACCAAUUUGUGCAGAAAUCCAUAUCAUUCCAAAGGGUUCACAUACUUUUUCUUGCAAUUGUAUAUACAAAGUUAACAUAUAAAUGUGCCAGUUUCUAUUGAAAUCUAUUUUUAUUAAACAGAAAAAAAGAGGAAACCCUUCAGCAAGCUAAAAUACUUUAGGGGUCUAGAGUGCCCCUUUAAGAGUAACUGGUGAACAAAACAGUCAAAAUGGUUCUGCCAUCAACACAGUACGUGGACUUCAAAAUUCUCUUCAGAUAUGUGUUACAGUUUGGUCUGUACAUUUCCUUGGCAAAAUGUAUACUUGUGUUAUUGCAAGCAUAGAUUACGAGAUGUACUAACUAAAGCAGUGGUUCCCAACCCGGUCCUCAAGUACCCCCUAACCGUACAUGAUUUGGGGAUUACCCAGUUGUGUCGUAAGGUGUUUUUAGAAAAGGAGAAGAAGAAAAAAAAAAAAAAACCACUUUAGUCACAACAAGGUAAUCCCUAAAUCCUGGACUGGUAGGGGGUGCUUGAGGACUGGGUUGAUGAACUAAUAUAUUGUAUAGUGACAAUUUUAUCUAUAAAUUGCCAGCUUGUUAUGUUUGCAGAACUGUCACAUUUGAAGAUUCUGGUUAGUCAAUGAUAAGUAAAUAGAAAGCCCAAUGCAAAUAAAGUCGAUGUGUGUUUUUGUAGAGGGACCUGUAGACCAUUACAUGCUUACUUCUUCCAAACAUUCUUUUUGUUAAUAUAUAAAGACAGCCUGCCAUUAAAUGUGUCAUAUCAGAGGCUUACAGUGGGUUUGGCUAAGGCAGGCUUCCCCAAACUCCGGCCCUCCAGAUGUUGCUGAACUACAACUCCCAUGAUACUCAGCCUAUCUCAUUCAUAGUUGUAGUUCAGCAACAUCUGGAGUUUGGGGAAGCAUGGGCUAAGGUGACAGGUUUAUGGUGCAGCGUCCUGCAAAACGAAUGAUUUGAGCAUUCAAAAGAGAAAAAUUAUAUAUACAGAAUCUUAAUGAGGUCAAAACCUAUUAAAUUAAUUAAAAUUGUAUUGAUAUCUGGAGUGUCCCUUUACAAUGGAGCGAUUUUGGUGCUUAGACUGGUCCUGGAAAGUGAACCUCUCAUCCCUAGAUUGUGUGGGUGGCACAUUCAUUUUCUUGUUGGUAUACCUCGAGCCAGGUCUGGUACGGAAGUCUCCAGAACCCCUGCUGGUAUCUCUACUACUCAGCUGCCAUGGGUUAUCUAAAAUUGCACCCCCAGUGUUCAGUUACCACGUGUGGUUCCGAGGGAAAUCUUAACCAUUGUUAUUUUAAUCUGACAAUCCCUGUAUUAUAUAUAUAUUUUUAAUUAAAUAAAAAGAGCUAUAAAAUUUCAUGUAUGAUUUUGUAAGUUGCUCACAGGGCCCUAAGGUGCAACUAGGCCUGGAUGGUUGGUGGUACGUUUGUCUUAAAAGUAGAACAACAGACCACAGCUCUCUCAUUAGACCACACCAUGGGCCAGCCAGUUAAAAUCAAAAGAGAAAGCAAUCUCUGUUUGAUCUAGUCGCUGGGAUAGGAUGUUCUUGCAGUUCUGCACUUCUUCUUUUCAAUGCUCUCAUGAGAUCUAGAGUAGUUGACAUGUAUUUUUUUUUUUUUUUUUUUGUGUUGUGUUUUCUUUUUCACCAUACUAUACAACACUUUAUUGUAUAACACAUGCAUGUAUCAUAUUUCUGGCAGCUUUACACAGACUUUUUAUCAGUUUUACGUCUCCCGAUGUACCACUAACUAAACUAACGCCUUUAUGAUUAUUUUUUGCAGACAAUGGACAGUGUUUUCAUACAGCGCAGUGUUAAAGUCUUGCAGGCUCUGAACAAACAGAGGGAAGAAGGCAGAUAUUGUGAUGCCACGCUGGUAGUUGGCAACACUAACUUUAAGGCACACUGGAGCAUUUUGGCAUGUAGCAGCCAUUUUUUUCAAACUCUUUAUGGGGACGGGACAUCUACAAACAUAGUGUUACAUGAAAGUUUCUCAGAAGUCAUUGGACUUGUGCUGGAUUUCUUGUAUACUGGGGAGCUGGCUCUUUCUCAGCAUAAUGUUCAGAAGGUUCUUCUGGCUUCAAGGGAACUUGGGAUUUAUGAGGCUGCAGAAGUCUGUGAAAGGUUUCAACCAAAAUGCUACGAAUCAGGUGAUCAGAAUGAAGACUAUUUUCAAGAGUCCGGCACAACUGAAACUUUAAACGGGCACUUGAAGCAAGCAGAGGAGUCUGAUGGUGAAGAAGUCUUCAAAGGGAUUACAGAGUUAAGCAACACAUUGACCCAAGAAACUGUACCUGGACAGAGCAACGGACAGGAGAGGAGCCUUUCCUUACUUCAGAUGAGUGAGGAUGAUUCCCCCACCCAACCUACUGUCCUUAAAAAUAUAGAUUAUACAGGGGACGGACAGGAACAAAGUGAUUUUAAAGGGCAAAGGAAAGGACAGAAGAGCGAACAUUGUCUCAAUGAAGGAGAUUACAUCACGGUAUAGUUUUGUAAUUUUGUAGAUUUAAUUAUGUCUCUUGCAUCUAUGUUUUUCUGAUUCAGAACAUAUUUCCAGGUAAACCUGUUCUUAAAGGUAUAGAAUUGGCAGCAACUGGAAAAAUAAAUAACAAAAUAUAUUAUGAUAUUUAUAUAGCGCCAUCAAAUUCCGCAGCGCUUUACAAUGGGUGGACGAACAGACAUGUAGUUGUAACCAGACAAGUUGGACACACAGGAACAGAGGGGUUGAGGGCCCUGCUCAAAGAGCUUACAUGCGGGAGGGAGUGGGGUAAAAUGACACAAAAAGGUAAGGAUAGUAUUAGACUAGUGACAGUUGCAGAAGAGGAAUCAGUCAGGAGCUAUUAACAGUUUAAUUGAUAUGCUUUUAUGAAGAAGUGGGUUUUUAACGAUUUUUUGAAGGAGUGGAGACUGGGUGAGCAUCUAACGGAGGAGGGAAGCGAGUGCAGCCCUCAAGAAAUCUUGAAGGCAAGCAUCAGAGGUGGGAGUACGGACAGAAGAUAGAUGUAAGUCUUCAGCAGAGCGUAAGGGCCUAGAUGGACAUACUUGUGUAUAAGGGAGGAUAGAUAGGUGGGAGCAGCAUUAUGUAGAGAUUUGAAAGCAAGAACCAGAAUUUUAAAUUGAACCCUAUAUCUUACAUGAAGCCAAUGUAGGGAGCGACAGAAGGGUGAGACGUGGGAGGUGCGGGCGGACAGGAAGAUGAGCCUCGCCGCCGCAUUCAUUAUGGACUGUAACGGCGCAAGUUGGGAGCACGUAAGACCACUGAGAAGCGGAUUACAGUUGUCUAGGCAAGAAAGGACAGUGGAAUGGACCAGCACCAUAGUCGCAUCUGGCGUUAAGUAGGGGGCGGAUGAGCACAAUGUUUUUGAGAUGGAAAUGACAGGAUUUGGCGAUAGAUUGAACAUGAGGCUUGAAGGAGAGGUCGGAGUCAAAGAGAACACCUAGGCAGGAAGCCUGCGUGGUGGAGCUGAUGGUAGCACCGUUGACUUGGAGGGAGACAGACACAGGAGUAACAACACUUGAGGGAGGAAAGACCAGAAUUUCAGUUUUGGUCAAGUUUAGUUCAAAGAAGUGGGCAGCCAUCCAGUUUGAAACAGCAGAGAGGCAGUCAGAGACACUAGUCGAGGGACGGGGAGAGAUCAGGAGAGGACAGGUAGAUUUGCAUGUCAUCUGCAUAGAAAUGAAAUUGGAAGCCAAAGGAGCUAAUGAGUUUACCAAGUAUAGAUGGAGAACAGUAGGGGACCAAGGAUUGAACCUUGGGGGACACCAACAGAGAGGAGCUGGGGAGAAGAAGCAGAGCCAGAGAAAGAAACACUGAAAGAGCGCUGGGAGAGGUAAGAGAGAUCAAUAGCUUGUAGACCGAUAUUGCGGAGGAUGAGAAGAAUCCCUGCAAUGGAAGUGUCUCCUUUCGGGACGGCCAUGGUGGCACCUAGGGGAGCACUCAUUAAUUACUUCCCUUGAGGUUUAACACUUUUAUAUUGCGAAUGCGAACGUUCUGAUUAAUUGGUGUGACCGUUCCAAUGGGGCACCGGGGCGAUCCUCAUUUGGGAGACUAACGAGUCGGGAAACAAUCCACAAAGGCUCCCCCUGGUGGCGUUCGUCUGUACAAAUGGCGGCCACCCCGUGAAGCACUCAUUAACUGUUUCCCUUUGCAGUUUGACACCUACAAGCAAGGUUUGAAUGUUCUAACAUUCUAAAUGAGGUAUCGGGGUGCUCCCCGUUCAGGAGGUUAAUAGGUUCCCUUUGUAGAAGACCUCCCGAAAGGGGAGCAGGCACAAUAAACGAAAGAAUAGGGAACACACACACAAUGUAAAGACAGGCAAUUCACGGCCAGGCAGUGGUUUUGGUGCUAUGGAGGCCUCAAGGCUCUUUGUUGCAACGCCAUUCUCUUCUGGCUGGUCCUCUUUUGCUCCUGGCAUGGUCCUCCAUAGAUAGAGCCAAUUUCCCUGCAGCUGUCAGUAGCUCCACUCUGUGUCAAGAAAUUUCAGGUGCAGGAAAAAUACUGAGACAAAGUAGUCCUUACUUCGUCUUAGUAUAUCUUUUGACCGGGUUGAAAUUUCAGUGAAACUCCAUGACAAUUAGUAAGAGUAUUUCAUAAAGAUUUUGUCUGUAUGAAAUAAUUAUUUUGCAGGGAGUUGACCGUGCCGCUUUAAAUAAUUUAUCAAACGGUUUCUGAGAAGUGUGUUAAUGACAAGGGAAUCACAAGUUGUUGUCCAAAAUAGUGUAACAGGAAAUUCUGGUAUUUUUCUUACAUUGCUGUGUAGGUCUACACAGAUGCUGGCUUUUUUAUGGAAUUUGAAAUAUCAUUUUUUUUUUUUUUUUCUUCUUCUUCUUUGUAUUGACUAUACAUAUGUGUCUGUAUGUUCACAUUUAAAUUACUCAUAAACUGUUUUUGGAAUGGUGUAGUUUAUAUGAUGCAAUUGAUGAUGAUGAUAAUGAAAGUUCCCAGCAUUCCACAGGACCAAGACACCUUUUCAGUUUAAUAAAGUGGUGGAAAUAUAUAAAACACCAGGACAUACUUGGAAACUAACCAUGUGCUAACUGUACCUUUCCUGGUUAAAUACAUUGAUAUUAAUUUGUAAUUAUAUAUAAUUGUAAUCUAACCAUAACAAUCGAGCAGAUCCCGUAGUGGUGAAAUGCGCAUUGGGUGGUUUACAUGCUAUUUUCUGUUAAAGGGACACUAUAGGACCCGGGAACAACUGCAGCUUAAUGUAGUUGUUCUGGUGAGUAUACUUGGUCCCUGCAGGCUUUUGUUGUAAACAGUCUUUUCAGAGAAAUGGCAGUGUUUACAUUACAGCCUAGGGACACCUCCAGUGGCCACUCCUCAGAUGGCCACUGGAGGUGCUUCUGCUCUGCAUGGAGACGCUGACAUUUCCUCAUAGAGAUGCAUUGAUUCAAUGCAUCUCUAUAAGGAGAUGCUGUUUGGCCCCACCUCCUUGGCAAUCUCAGCCAAUCCAAUGCUUAACCCUGUGGGAAAGCAUUGGAUUGGAGGAUAUCAUCAUUUCUGAUGAUGCCAGCCAAGGGGAUGGGGCCAGUGCUGGCAGACCUAUGGAGCGCUGGGAAUAAGGUAAGCUUUAACCCUUUCCAAGGGGGCUAAGUGGAGGUAAGCCACCUUAAUGAUGGCUUUCACACUGUAGGGUUAGGAAUACAUUUGUGUUCCUGACCCUAUAGUGUUCCAUUACAUGAGAUUAGGAUCGUCUAGACUAGACUAAUCUGCAGAAUUCAGACAAGUAGGUGCAGCACUUUAGUUUUGCAAAUAAUUAAAUUACCAAGGAAAUAAAUGUAUGAUAAAACGAAUGCUGGUCUAACUGUGGUAAUAGCCAUAGAGUAAAAAUGUUUAAUUUUUUUGGUAGCUUCAGAUACACAUAGGUUUGUGAUAGCACUGCACACAGCGUGAUACUGGCACUUAUUUAUCUUUUCGGAGUUCAUUAAAUGUAUUGUCUACUGAAAGAUCCACAGAUUUAUUUAAUAGAUCACUUCCUAUACUUAAUUAGGACCUAGAAGAGGUCAGAGAUUAACACCAUGCAUUAGUGCUAUGCAACCUUUUUAGUGGGGGGGCCAGAGGACUGACUGAAAUUCUUACUGCAGACCGCUGCCAUGUGAUGUCAAUGUGAUCAUUGCGCUUGGAUCUUGCAAGUGAUCUUUGUAAUGUCUAGUUGCUGGUUGGCACCUGCAAAAUUUAUUUUUUCAUCUUCUCUCAUCCUCUCCUCUGCUUCACCUACAACGAGUCCUUCCCCAUCCUCUUUACAAAAAACCCUUUCCUUGUGUCUUUCCUUGUCAGCCCCUUGCCUUUUGUCUCUUCCUAUUCUUUUUCUCUGUCUGUACCCUUUUCAAACUCCCCCAUGCACCUCUCCACAGCGCCCCCCUUCCCCAUUUUACAGAGGCCGUUCUUCCCCAUGCAGCAUACCUGGAAGGAUCCGCUUUCUGUGUCAGGCUGCUGCUCUCUGCAGAACACACGUGGUUCUGCGGAGAGAGCAAGGCUGCAAUGUUAUCUCCAGUGCCCGUUUCUUAUUCUUCAUGUGCAAAGCUGAGUUGUAAAGUGGAGGAAGAGACCUUUUGCCGGUUCUUAAAGGACCACUAUAGGCACCCAGACCUCUUCAGCUUAAUGAGGUGGUCUGGGUGCCUGGUCCAGCUAGGGUUAAACUUUUUUCCUAUAAACAUAGCAGUUUCAGAGAAACUGCUAUGUUUAUAUUAGGGUUAAUCCAGCCUCUAGUGGCUGUCUCAUUGACAGCUGCUAGAGGGCUUCCACGCUUCUCACUGUGAAAAUCACAGUGAGAAGACGCCAGCGUCGAAUGCACGCUCGGCUCCUGCCGCACAUGCGCAUUCAGCCGAAGAGGAGGUGAGGAGGAGAGUACCCGGCUGACGCUGGAGAAAGAGGUAAGUUUAACCCUCCCCCCAGAGCCCGGCGGGAAGGGGACCCUGAGGGUGGGGGCACCCUCAGGGCACUAUAGUGCCAGGAAAACGAGUGUGUUUUCCUGGCACUAUAGUGGUCCUUUAAUAGGAACCUGAUGCCAAUAUGUUUCCAUGGGCUAACAGUGGUGAUGGCAUUUCCUUUUAUAGCAGACGUGCAUGCUCAGUUGUCGCUACAAAUUAUUUUGAUGCACUGGGGCCGGGGGCUUUACACCCCCAUAUUAGAACAUUUGUUACUUUAUUUAACAAUCAGUUUAGGACAGUUCGGUAAAUUUUUGUAACAAUAUUUUUACCUCCAACUCUCACAAUGGGUAAAAACACUUUAUUCAUUUCUGUAUACAGGGUUCUAAGAAAUGGUAAAAAAAAAUGUUUUAUUAAUAUAGUUUUUCACUUGGAUAGGAGCCAUCAAAUAUGUUUUGUUCUUCUCUGUCAAUUUGUUUAAUAACAAAAUUUUAUUUUUAUUUUGUAGUGGGAGCUGGAAGUAGAGCAGAUACAUGAUGUUAUAGCAGACAAUGCCCGAUUCAUUAAUGAAGAUAUUGAUGAAGACUUUGUUUCUGAGAAGAAGACACAAAACUCCAAGCCAAGAUUAUGUUCUGGCAAAAAGAUUAUUCCUGCAGAAACGCCGGCAGAAGCGAACGCGCUUGAUGGUGAAAAUCUCAAGAAUAGAAGAAGUGCCAACAUGUCCGUAGAAUGCCCCACGUGUCACAAAACAUUUCUCAGCAAAUAUUAUCUAAAGGUGCAUAACAGGUAAAAAUUUAAUUGUGAUCCAUAAAAAGUUUGACUUUAAAAAAAAAAAAAAAAAAAAUUCUCAAAGACUGUCUUAUAAAAUAUUUUUAGUUUUUCUUUUUUAUAUGCAGUUUGAAUUUGAAAAAAUAAACUUAGUAUUCAUAGUACUGUUUUUUGUUUUUUUUUAUAAAUAAUUCUAGAGAUUAAAAGCACAUUUUCAUUUAUUUUAAGACAAGGUUGUCCUUUUUAGAAUUCAUUUUAAUUUUUUUUUUACGUGUUGGGUUGUGUUAUGCAGGCUAUUUUGUUUCUGAGAAACCGUAAUUUCCACCUGUUCUUUAUAACUGCAUUUUAUUUAAAUAUAUGAUCUUUACACAAGACCAUGUGUAUAAGUUAAAUUUUAAAUUUAAUCUGAUAUAACCUAUAUUAUCUGUACAAUUUCUGGAUGAUCUAUCCACUUGUAUAACAAAUGUUUAGAUUUUUUUGUGAAUAAGAGUCUAGUACUUUCUGUAGAUAUUUCAAACUAUUAUUUUUAUUUAUAAAGUGCAGCGAUGUUUCACAGUGCUGUUCAGUGGAUAUUUUUUUUGUAAUAUUGAACAUGUUACAAUAUUUUUGUAUUGCCUUCAGUAGAAUGCAGCGAUGCCAGGUAAAUACUGCCCAGGAGGACACUUUAUAUGUAGUGGUUAUAUCCAGGAUCACCUAAGCUAUGGUAUACAAUGUUAACGUAUUUGGAAAGACUAUGUUAAUCAUAAUAAAUGUGCAAAUUUGUGGGGAUUUAUGUGAUAUUUUAAAUAUAUAUUUUUUUUUUCCUAGGAAACAUACUGGAGAGAAACCUUUUGAAUGUUCGAAGUGCGGCAAAAGCUAUUUCAGGAAAGAAAACCUAAUGGAACAUGAGGCACGGAACUGCAUGAACCGAUCAGAGCAGGUAAGUGUAACACAUCCUGUUUUUGGUAUUAACUGUGUGAUAGGUCAAAGGAACAGUAUAGGCACCAAAACAACCUUAGCUUAAUGAAGCAGUUUUGGUGAACAGAUCAGGCCCCUACAGUCUCACUGCUCAAUUCUCUUUCAUUUAGAAGUGAAAGUAUUUCUAUAGUGUCAGGAAAACAAAGCCUUUUUCCUGGCACUAUAAAAUUCUACAGUGCCCACCUGCGAUGCUUAAGGAGUUAAAACCCUUUCAGUCACUUACCUGAAUCCAGCACCGAUGUCCCUCAGCCCAGCCAACGGGGGAGACCUAAUGUGCAUGCGCGGCAAUGGCCGCGCUCGCAUUAGGAUUUCUCCAUAGAGAAGAAUUAUCCAGUGCUUUCCUGUGGGGAUUCCGGUAGCGCUGGAAGUCCUCAUGCAUAGCGUGAGUACGUCCAGCGUCGUUUAGAUGACCAAAAGUUGUCUAAGCACCUGGAAGUCCCUCUAGUGGCUGUCUGGUUGACCGCCACUAGAGGAGGAGUUAACCCUGCAAGGUAAUUAUUGCAGUUUCUCUGAAACUGCAAUAAUUACCACUGUAGGUUUAAGGGACAUGGGACAUUGCAUCCAGACCACUUCAAUGUGUUGAAGUGCUUUGGGUGCCUACAGUGUCCCUUUUAACCCCUUAAGGACCAAACGUCUGAAAUAGAAGGGAAUCAUGACAUGUCACCCAUGUCAUGUGUCCUUAAGGGGUUAAAUCACUUUUGUUUCUGCUUAUACAGUCCUAGCCACAUUUCCCAGCAUGUGCUUGUUGUUUUUGUUUUGUUUUUCUUUUUCAAAACAUGUACCUUUUUAAAGUUAUUGUAAAGCUAAAAUAUGGAGUAUUUAAUCUGUAACUAUCCUGAAGACUCUAAAAAGGCUGAAUUCUAUUCAUUGUGAAAUCCAUUCUACUUUGACUAACAGAACAUUUGCUUAUCUUGACUGUCUAGAUUGUCUAAGCAGAAAUCAAGUUAUAUAAACAGUCUGUUACGAAGUGAAACCCAUAAGAAAAGCAAUAAUAACAAUAUUUUCCCUUUCAUAAUAUGUAUAGUAAUAUUUGAUUUGAACAGUUUUUGUGGCUGUGUUCGCAGGCUUUUUCCUGUACGUUGUGUGAUGAGGUUUUCAAAAGAAGAAUAGAGCUAAGGCUUCACAUGGUGUCCCAUACUGGUGAGAUGCCCUAUAAAGUAAGUAUAGUGUUCUUUAUUAACCAACUUAUAAAUACAAUAAGAUCACUCAGCAGUGGAAGACACACUGGUCUAAUAAAAUUCAGUUUUCUUUAAAUAAAAAUCCUUAAUAUUUUGAGAAAAGGAAGUAUAAUGUUGAGCUGUUGAGUCUCUGAAAAGAGCAGAUACACAUGAUGUAUUGGAUGUGCUUGGGCAAAGAAGUUAAUUGUGUAGUGCCAGACUCGCUCAUGCACUGUGUGGAUUAAUCAAAUGGUGCAAUUUUUAUUUAUUUAAAGAAAGCUUCUUGUGACUAUUCCACUUGAAAGAGUUACUCUAGCUACCAUGACCACUUCAGUGGUCGUGGUGGUAGUAGCCUGGAGGUGUAUUGCACACUCAUUUUUGUUUUUUAACACCGUUUUUAACUGUGUUCCGGGCUACCUAAUGUCAAUUCUGUGCAUAUUUUAUAUAUGUUAGCACGCAGUGCACGCUAGCAACAGAUGUAGUAAUCUCCCCCAUGCAGGCAGAGCAUCUGCAAGAGGAAGAUUAAAAUACCUUCCUCUCUCCCACUGCGUUUCCUCCUGCCAUUGCUCCUAUUUGACUUGAUAUAUUUGUUUAGUAAAACUAAAUUACUCCAACCCCUUCCCCUGCCAGCUCAGAUUGUGUGCAUGCGCUCUAAGCUGGCAAAACUCAAUGAGAAACCUGUGAUUGGACCGUGUGGUUUCAUACUUCUGCUGGACAUCUGUAAGUAAUACCAAGAUCCAUCAGAAUAUGCCGCAGAAAAAUAAAUGUGGUGGCCAAAAAUGUCCACUAAAUCUACCCUCUUUAGUGAGGUAGCAUAUAUUACAGUAUCCACAGGGGUAAUCUUGAGAGAAGUAAUAUGACAACGUGCAUUUUGUGAUGUUUCCUAUGAUGAAGUUAAUUUGUUAUACUGAAAGAAGCUGAGCUAAAACACUAGAUGCAUUUUACAGUAAUCUCUCUACAUUAACCAUAGGUUUAAUUCCCAUCUUCUUCUCCUGUGUUUUCAGUGUUCUACUUGUACCCAGCAGUUCAUGCAGAAGAAGCCUCUACAAAGUCACAUGACCAAGAUGCAUGGUGCCCCUAAACCCCACUCUGUAAGAACAUCAUGUGAUAAUGUAGUGUUUGAUGUGUCCUUUGGGAUAUGUUUCUAUAAUGUGUUUUAGGAUAACCUGGGUACUGGAUAUAUACUUAGCCAAACGUUCUCUUGUCCAAAUUAUAGCAAAUUAAAUUCCAAACUGUAAAAAUAGAUGUAUAAAAAUUCUAUAAUUAUUGUCAAAUUUAGCUUAUUUUAGCUGUUUGUUACAGUUCAGAGUUUAGUGAAUAAACCGCCUAGGAUUACAGAUAUAUUUUUCUUGAAUAUGGCCUAAUUUUAUUACUCCAAGUAGAUUAGAUGAAAGUUGCAAAUUAUCUUUAGUUGCGUCAUGUAGGACAUUUACCCAGGACAUACUUGAAAACGAGAGAAAUCUCAAUGUAUCUUUCCUGGUAAAAUAUUUUAUAAAUAAAUACAUUUAAUUUAAUUAGCAGUGGCUAAUGUUUCUCUGUAAUGCUUGGGCUACACACAACUUUCCAGAUUAUGGGUUGCUGUAGGGGAAUUUUUUAGGUGAAAAGAUGAGGAAUGCUCCCAUAUACAACUAGCCCUUUUUUAUAUAUUGUGAGCUAUUCUUACUAUAAACAAGUAUAAGUGAACAUGAAUAAAUAAGGAGAAAAGGAGACUAUACAAUGAGAUGAGACAAAAUAAUGGUAGAUAGUGUGAAAAUGGGGGGUAACCCCUAAGUGGUUAAAUUGAAGAACUAAAAAAAACUCCCCUCUGAGUACCUGAACGAAAUGUGCGCGUCAGGGGCUCAGGACGCCGUAGCCUGCAAUAUCUCGGUGUUCAAUUUCACACUGCCGUUUGUCAGUUAUCAUCUCUGAACAGUCAUCCUGAGAUUGGGCUUUAAACCCGUUUUUUGUUUUUAUUUUUAUUUAUUCUUUGUCUUGGUACUUAGUGGGGGGUUGAGUAAUAGUGCAGAGUAAGGGGUGCCCUCGAAGGCACGUUAGUUUUGCACUGAUAAGUCCAGUCUAGGUACAGGGACGUGAUAUACGCCUUUCUGUUACUGACCAUCACUUACUGAUCUCUGUGAUUUACUCUUACCAGGGAUCUCCCCUUCUACAGCACCUUUUUUCAUAUAUAUAUUUUUGCGUUCUUUUACUUCUAUUUUGGUGGAGUUCAGCGAUUUGUAUAUACACAUACUGCCUAAUUGAGGCAGCUCAACUAUCUGACCAAACUCUUUCUGCAGCAGAGUCUAGUUAAUGGAAAGGGUAGGCCCCUUAUAAAGCAGUAAUACAUCAUAUGCAUAAUUAUAGAUAACAGAAGGAAAUACAUUAGUAAUUGGUUAUGUUAAGUGGUUCAUCAAUUGCUCAUCCUACUGGGUGUGACGUCACUGACGUCAUGGAGCUCUUCUCCAGAUUCCAGCGCCAUCUUGUUAAUUGAAGGUGUUAGUCGAUGACAGGGGGAACUCCCCAGCGGCCAUCUUAAGUAACUUAUGAUUAAAAUUGGUUAUAGCUAUGCAGAGUAAAUAGGCAUUUUACUAAAUUUCAGUAGAGUUAGUAUUCUGUCCACAACACUGCUCAUGGUGGUAGGAGCCUGGAUGUGCAGUGCACACUGUUAUUUCUAAUUGCACCCACAUCACAUGUGACUUAGGCAGCUCAGAACCAAGUCAAGGAUAGCCAUCAGUGUUCUACAACCUGGUUUUAAAAGCAACACUCUGGGCACCAGUACAAUUUAAGUGCAUGUGAUUUUGUUAUGAAGAUAUCCAAGAUAAAACUAAUAUAUACAAAGAAUAGCAGUGGGCAAAUGUCCUGUACAGAUGCAAGGCCCCACCUUAGAAUUUUUUAAAAUUAAUUUUUAGCUUUCUGCAGCGUAGCCCUGCCCACUAGCCAUGACUUCUUUUCACUGAAUGUCUUCCUGAUUGGAAGUACACAACAUAUGAGCUCAGCCAAUAAGAGAUUUGUGUGAUCUGGGUUGGCAAUCAUGGUCAUCCUAUUUUUGUAUACUAUUUCAGAGCCAUGCUAAAGGGAAAGCAGGAAGAUAAUAAGAGAAUAAUGAUUGGCUGUUAAGCAGUUCAGCUCACACCAGUCUUUAAUUGACGGAGAGGACUACAUAACACUGUACGUCCAAUCAAAAAGAUCUUUUGAUAAUAGGUGUGGCUAAGUGGGUAGGAACGUGCUCCAAAAAUCCACAGGUAUAUUUCUAUUUUUUUAUUUUUUUUAUUUUAUCAAAACUAAAAUUUUAACAUGGGGGGGGGGGGGAAAGCAACAUUAAGAUGAGGCCAAAACCUAUCAAAUAUACUUAACGAUACACUUCAGAUCCCUUGAGCACCGAAGCGCCUUACGUGUAAAGCGUGUGUCCCCUUUUUUUCAUUUUACGAAUUGAGAAGAUUUCAAUAGAAAUUGUCACUUUUAUAAAUUAACUGAAUCCUGCAACCGGUCCUGUUACUUACUCAUUGUUUAGUUUAGUGGAGCUAAACCUAAGAGGCAGCAAUUGCUUAGAACACCUGCCUUGUAAAGACUUCUCUUUCAGAUGUAUUGGGAAGUCUGUGAUUGGACAGCCACAGAAAGUCUGGAAAUGGAGAAGAGGUUGCAGAGGCUUCAAAAAAAAUCUGCAAAUUGUGUUAGCUUUUUUUUUUUUUUAAGAUAUAACCCCAGUGGGAAAAAAAUAUAAUUAGCAUGCAUGUUUUCAUUGGGGGGUUUAACCCCUUAAGAACACAUGACGGAAAUAUUCCGUCAUGAUUCCCUUUUAUUCUAGAAGUUGUGUCCUUAAGGGGUUAAAUAGUAAUUAUAUUUUUUUUGUAUUUGGGCAGUGGAGUAUCCCUUUAAAUUGUUUUAAUGCCUUGAAGGGUCCCUGUAAGUAUGUGUUUUGUCUGGAGCAACAUUAUUCAAACCUGUAUCUACAAACAGUCCAUCGUUUCAUGAUGUCUGUGCUGUAACACAGGUCAAGCAGUGGCUCUGUGUUUUUAACUGUUAAUUGUUUUAAUGUAAAAAAUUAACUCCAAUAUUUUGUGUGCAUUUUCCCUUUUCUAAAAGUAUAAUUAAUGUUCACUUAAAUUGAGUGGAAUAUAUUUAUAUAAAAUAUUCCGUGGUAUUUUUUUAUGAGGAGUUUGUUACCUAAGAAACAUCCUGAGCAGGUGGCUUAUAGAAGGUAUGGGUGUUAAGGGAGAAAGCAACUUCAGAUAUGUUAUUGUCCGUCAGGAACGGUUAUUCACUAAAUUCCGGAUUGUACAGAGAUUGAAAUCAAAGUGUCUAAAUUCUCCGACUCAUUAUAGUGACAACAUGGCAAUGGAAGUUCAAUAUUACAGCUAUAUUUUACUGCAAAGGCUUUAUUUUAUUUGCAUACAUAGUGCCCACCAGGGGGCAGAAGUGAUUUGAUUUUCUAGUAGUGUUAAUAUCAUUUGCGUUUCUUUUUUUUUUUUUUUUUUUUAACUUCGGUCAGUAAUAUAAUUGGCAAUCGUGUUACAUUAUAUAUUAUGUAUAUUAAUUGGGACUUCAAAACAAACAAAUUAGGACGUUUUGAAGGACCUGUCCAACAGUUUACAGUCUUGGAUAUAAGUAACCAACCCACCAGUAACAAAGAAGUGUUUUAAUGCCCCCUUUUCCCAAAUUCCUAUCUUAAAGGGACACUAUAGUGUCAGGAGAACAAAUCGGUUUUCCUGACACUAUAGUACCCUCAGGGUGCCCCCUCCCGUGGCACUAAAACCCCUUCAGUAGCUCACCUAAUUCCACCGCCGGGCUCCCUUACCUCUCCUCCCCCGCCGACCUCAUCAUCCUCGUCCGACGUCACAGGACCCGAAUGCGCAUGCACGGCACUGCCGCGUGCGCAUUAAAAGUGUCCGUAGGAAAGCAUUUUUCAAUGCUUUCCUACGGAUGCUCUGCGUGAUUGAGGCAUAAUAUGCCUCAAUCAUUGCAGAUGCGCCUCUAGUGGCUGUCCAGAAGACAGCCACUCGAGGCUGUCUUAACCCCAAAUGUAAACAUAGCAGUUUCUCUGAAACUAUGUUUCCAGCAUAGAGGGUUGACCCUAUAUGGACCUGGCACCCAGACCACUUCAUUGAGCUGAAGUGGUCUGGGUGACUAUAGUGUCCCUUUAAAGAUUUUCUCAGUUGGAAUCUUACAAAAACAUAAUACACAAAAGUCACUUAUGAUGUAUGAUCUUUUUCUCAGUGCUCUACAUGUGGGAAAUGCUUUUUCACACGGACGGAGCUUCGGUUGCAUGAAGCCUUUAAACAUCGAGGUGAGAAGCUCUUUGUAUGUGAAGAAUGUGGACACCGAGCUUCAAGCCGAAGCGGGUUACAGAUGCAUGUAAAAGCCAAGCACAGGUGGGCAAUUCAUUUAUGUGUAAUGACUUAUCAGAAGCCGGUUUAUACGCAAGUGUGUGUGGGUGUUUUUAAAUUUGUUUUUGGAGUAAACAUUUGCACCAUUUAAAUAAUGUCCUUUUGUGUUUAUGGUUCUCUAAUAGAGAGAGCUCAUUUUGGAAUGAGCACUAAAUUGGUUAUUUCAACUUGUACCACUUGACCAUUUGUGCAAAGAAAGUCAUGUGGGUAUUACAAGCCAUUCACUGUAUCAUGUGGGUAUUUACAAUGAUCUAGCAAGACCCAUGAAAAUGUGCCCAGUAAAUAUUAUUUGAGUAUGAGUCUGUGGGAAAUUGUGGGGUGCCUCACUGAGAAUUGUAAGAAUGCAUCCAGCCACAUCCACUGCAACAGGUCUAUGUGUGGCUGAUCAGUGUACACUGCUCUUCCAAUGAGGUGUUUAAGAUGUUUCAUUCAUACGAUAAACUGUACUUAAAUUUGUGAGCAGUUUUCGCACAGUGUGCAGCUAUUUGCUGAACUCUUAAGGUAAAUUCUUAUACACUUUGGGCAACACUAAUAUUGAUGCUUUUGUCCAUAUUGUGCAGUGUACUCAAAACACCGCUUCUGUUAAAGCCUUUUCAACUGUUCCCCUUACAGAAAUGAGCGUCCUUAUGUAUGUGAAUUCUGCCAUCAUGCAUUCACUCAAAAAACCAACCUAAAUAUGCAUCUAAAGACUCACACAGGAGAGAAACCAUUUCAGUGUCAUCUCUGUGGAAAGACAUUCAGAACACAAGGUAAGAGGUUAAUACGAUGAAGAAUUUAGCAAGAGUUGACACCAAAUAAGCAUUACAUGUGGUAUAAUGUAGUAUACACAUAGUACUUGGGAUAUAUCUACUUUUACAAAAAUAUACUACAAUGUGUGGUCUCCAUGUGUGCAUGGUUGAGAUUUUUUGUUGUUGUUAUGUUUCACCCUUGGGCUGAAGACCCUGGUGUUUUGGCCACAUGGCAAUGCCCCUAUUGAACAGCCAGUGCACAACUGGAUUGCCAAAGGCUAGUUGUCACUGCUGUGAAAACCUACCAUUGGGGUUAUAUAUAACAGCCAAUACUGGGCAGAGUUCUAAAAGUAGGGCAAUGAGCAAUAAAAUUUUCCCACUAUUUUCUGGAAUUUAGCACUUUGCCUCCGAUUCGCUCUAUAAAUCCAUAGAACUCAUAGCUAUAAUAUACGAUUCAGGUUUUUAUUAUAAAGCAAGGCAACAAGUUAGAAUUUUAAUAACAUUUUAGCAUGUUUAAAGCAAUGAGCAUCUGAAAACCCCCCAAAAAAUUGGAAUAGAAAAUAUCUGUUUACCUAGAAAUGUAGGCGCAGUGACUUCUCUAGUAAUCUAAAAACUGUCACACAAUUUAUUCAAACAUUAAAAGCUAAGAUUAAAGUCAAAUAAAGUAAUCCAUAUGGUGCUUAUAUUGUAUACCCUCACAAAACUCAAUGGUUAGUUGCCCCACAUUGCGACUGUGCAUAGAGGGGAAUUCUGAUUCUGUGACCGUAAGGCAAUAUGCAAGAAUGUCUCAUUAAUUUCUAAGGUGAUUGCUCCACUUUGAUAAUGCUGCCUGAAAUUGCUCUUUUUAGAUAAUCUACAUUGAACUGAUAAAAAUACAGAUUCGCUGUAUCAUUUAAAUGUAUGCAAAACAGUUCAGGUAACACUAUUCAGAGACACUGUCAAUUAACUAUUCAGCUUUUUUAUUCCCUACGCUCAUUCCUUAUCACAUUUUUAUGUAAUUUAAGUCCCUGUGUAGAUCUGUUACCUUUUGAGAUGUAUUUCAUGUUUUCUCCUCUCCAUUCACAGAGGUAAUUGCUGUCCCAAGGACAGCCAAUGUGUUAAGAUGAGAAUGUCGGUGUUCUGCAUCAUUUGUGUUGGUGAUGAAACUGCCAAUCACAUGUCUUCUUCUUACUGCAGAUCAUUCAUUUCAACCUUUUUAGCAUGAGCAAUUAAGGUUGCAUCUAAAUGAAUGUACUUCUUCGUUAUACAGUAUUACCAAUGAUAUCAUUUUUGGAAUAUUUUGCCAUUAGUAUUGUCAGUAAGUGAAUAGUUUUAAAGUACUCAUUUGAGAAGCACAUUUUUCUACAUGUUAAUGUCUUGUAUGGAACUUUUAUGAUGGGAAUUGAAGCUUGGACAAUUUUACUCUUUUUCGGUUAUUCCAGAUCGGUGUAGCAUGUAUUGUGGAAAUUUAAUGUCACCAAUGGGUUCUGUAGACACCAUAAUCUGUGUUGUGGUUAUGAAUUCUCUGAAGUUCUGCCUGUGCAUAACACUCAGAAUGACAGGCGGAUGCAUAUUAGGCACUUUAACUUGUGGCUUGGUGAAUGGUGUCGGGAGCAAGGAUUUGGCUUUAUUUCUCAUGGUAGCUCUGUUUGGAAUGGAAAUAAACUGUACAAAAAAGAUGGUUUGCAUCUUUCUCAAAAGGGAACAAAUGUUCUCAGUGAGCAGUUCAGGGGUUUUGCUAGGACAGGGAUAGGCAGCCUUCGGCACUCCAGAUGUUGUGGACUACAUCCCUCAUAAUGCUCUUACACCCAUAAUGCUAGCAAAGUGCCGAAGGUUGCCUAUUCCUGUGCUAGGAUGUAGUUAAACUAGCAGUGGAGGCAAAAGGGUGAUAAAACAUAAAACCAAUUGCCCCCGAAAACAAGGACAGAAAGUGCCUGUAGCAAGUGUGUUAAAAAAUAAGCUUGUCAACAAAACAUUUUUUUAAAUACAUAAAUGAGAAAAGGAAAGUAAAAUCAGGAUUAGUUAGAUUAAUAACAAAAGAAAGGAAGGUAUGUAGAAGAGGAUAAAGGUCUAGCUGACUGCCGCAAUGAAUAUUUUUGUUCAGUAUUUACAGAUGAAAAUGGAGGAAAGAGGCCUCAGUUAAGAAAAGGGGACAAAUGAGUCAUUUGUUACAUGUGAGUUUACAGAGGAAGAGGUUCUAUUUCAACUGUCAAAAGUAAAGACAAAUCAGUUAAUGGGACCUGAUGGAAUACAGCUAAAGUUAUUAAAAGAGCUUAGGAGUGUACUAGCAAAACCAUUAACAGAUUUAUUUAACCAAUCACUGUUAACAGGAGUAGUCCCAGAAGAUUGGAAGUUAGCGAAUGUUGUGCCCAUUCACAAGAAAGGUAGUAGGGAGGAGUCGAGCAACCAUAGGCCAGUAAGCCUUACUUCAGUAGUGGGGAAAGUGAUGGAAACCAUGUUAAAGGAUAGGAUUGUUGAACAUCUAAAAUCACAUGGAUUUCAAGAUCAGAGACAACAUGGGUUUACUUCAGGGAGAUCAUGCCAAACAAAUUUUAUUGAUUUUUUUUUUUUGAUUGGAUAUCUAAAAUAAUAGAUCAGGGUGGUGCAGUAGACAUUGCUUACCUAGAUUUCAGUAAGGCUUUUGACACUGUUGCACAUAGAAGGCUUACCAAUAAACUGCAAUCUUAAAGGGACACUAUAGUCACCAGUGCAACUACAUGUAUUUCUGACCCUAUAGUGUUAACACGACCAUCUAGCCCCUCGUGCCUCCAUAACUAUAGUAAAAAUCUUACUGUUUUCAAGCCAGAGGCUGUAAAUCUGCAUGCUGUUAGACUCAGGAAAAACAAGCUGCUGACAUGUGAUAGCCUGAUCCAAUCACAGUGCUUCCCCAUAGGAUUGGCUGAGACUGACAAGGAGGCAGAUCAGGGGCAGAGCCAGGACGAUUCAAACACAGCCCUGGGCAAUCAGCAUCUCCUCAUAGAGAUUCAUUGAAUCAAUGAAUCUCUGUGAGGAAAGUUCAGUGUCUGCAUGCAGUGGGAGGAGAUAGUGAAUCACAGGAUGCUCGUGCACAGCAGAUCUGAGUGGAUGGAGGCAUAUUAUGCCUCCAUCAACUCAGAAGUCCCUCUGGUUCACUCUGAGUGACUGCAACUGGAGGUGUUCCUAGCUUUCAAUGUAAACACUGUAUUUUAUCAGAAAAUACAGUGUUUGCAUGAGAGAGACUGCAGGGAGCUAUAGUUCUCACCUGAACAACCUCAUUAAGCAGAAGUUGUUCAGGUGACUAUAGUGUCCCUUUAAGGUUUGAAUUCCAAUAUUGUUGAAUGGGUAAGGCAGUGGCUGAGUGACAUACAACAGAUGGUUGUAGUCAAUGGAAUAUAUUCGAAGCAUGGUCUUGUCACCAGUGGGGUACCUCAGGGAUCUGUACUUGGACCCAUUCUCUUUAAUGGUUUUUAUUAGUGAUCUUGCAGAAAGUCUUGAUGGUAAGGUAUGUCUUUUUUUGCUGAUGAUACUAAAACCAGCUUGAGUUCUGAGUGGGGACCCACCGAAGGGCAAGCUUAUUUCAGUUGCUGUCCGUUCUCAGAAUGCUCUUGCGACCUGUUUUUUUUUUUUUCUCUCCAUUAGUUUAAAGGGUAAUCCAGACGUGGAGCCCUUGCUCACGGUGCCUAGCGAGAUAUCAGCUAUGCCUCAGUAAUAAUGCCUAACAAGGCUCAAACGAUCGUCUGGGGUUGCUGUGUCUCUUGUGCAGAGGAAACUUGCUGGCAUUUUGGAUCUGGACUGCCCGUAUGGGUGGGACCAGUCUAAAGAUGCUUCAGAGAUGUUCUCUCUAUAAUGGCACAAGAUGAGCAAAAAACAGCUUGAGUUCUGAGCGGGGACCCACUGAAGGGCAGGCUAUUUCAGUUGCUGUCCGUUCUCUGAAAACUCUUGCGACCUGUUUUUUUGCUCUCCAUGUAUUUUUGCUGAUGAUGCUAAGAUAUGUAACAUGGUUGAUGUUGCAGGAGCCAAAUGAUUAAGGUAAACAAAAAAAAAUGGUCAGAGUUGUGGCAACUGCCAUUUAAUGUGGAUAAGUGCAAGAUAAUGCAUCUUGGACGUAAAAACCCAAGGGCAGAGUACAGAAUAUUUGUCCUAACCUCAACAUCUGAGGAAAGGGAUUUAGGGGUGAUUAUUUCAGAUGACUUAAAGGUAGGCAGAAAAUGUAAAAGAGCAGCACUUGGAGUAUUGUACGCAGUACUGGAGACCAUAUCUCAAGAAGGAUAUUGAUACUUUAGAGAGAGUUCAGAGAAGAGCUACUAAACUGGUUCAUGGAUUGCAGGAUAAAAACUACCAGGAAAGGUUAAAGGAUCUUAACAUGUAAAGCUUAGAGGAAAGACGAGACAGGGGGAUAUGAUAGAAACAUUUAAAUACAUACAGGGAACACAGUAAAGGAGGAGACUAUAUUUAAAAGAAGAAAAACUACCACAACAAGAGGACAUAGUCUUAAAUAAGAGGGGCAAAGGUUUAAAAAUAUCAGGAAGUAUUCCUUUACUGAGAAGGUAGUGGAUGUGUGGAAUAGCCUUCCAGCUGAAGUGGUAGAGGUUAACACAGUAAAGGAGUUUAAGCAUGCGUGGGAUAGGCACAAGGCUAUCCUAGAUAUAAGAUAAGACCAGGGACUAAUGAAAGUAUCUAAACAAUUGGGCAGACUAGAUGAGCCAAAUGGUUCUUAUCUGCCAUCACAUUCUAUGUUUCUAUGUUUUCAAAACUCCUUUAUGGCGGUAUUUUCUCCUAAUACACAUUCAAUUUUAUGUUAAAGGAUCACUAUAGUUUCUAGUAAACAAAGCGGUUUUCCUGACACUAUAGUGCCCGAAGGGUGCCCCCACCCUCAGGGUCCCUCUCCAGUGGCGCUGAAGGGGUUAAAAUGUCUUCAGCAAUUUACCUUAAUCCAGCGCCGGAAUCCUUCGGCACUGUUGACCUCGCAUCCCCUGCCGACGUCCGCUCCGGAGUGGAAUGCGCAUGCGCUGCAAGUGCCGCGCUCGCAUUCAAACUGUCCUAUGGACGUUCUGCAUGCUGGAUGCGAAUGUCGCAUCCAGCGUCGCAGAUGCGCGCCUCUAACGGCUGUCAGGAAGACAGCCAUUAGAGGUUGGAUUAACCCUGCUAUGUAAACAUAGCAGUUUCUCUGAAACUAUGUUUACAUGUGAAUGGUUAAAACCUGAGGGACCUGACACCCAGACCACUUCAUUGAGCUGAAGUGGUCUGGGUGACUAUAGUGUCCCUUUAACUUAUGAGUUUUGGUUGUCUUUUUGAGGGGGGGUUAAAUUAUGGUUAGUUAGGUUUCCUUUAGUUUCUGUUCAGUAAAAGGCAUACCUGUUGUGACCUAACUUGCAGCCCUGGUCUCUCUUAACAGGAAGUGUGUAGGUGAGGCUGUGUAAGUCACAGGCGGGGUGGGCUACGCUGUGUAAGUCACAGGCAGGGGUGGUGUACCCCUGCCUGUGACUUACACAUCCUCGCCUACACACUUCCUCUUAAGAGAGAUCUAAUUUUCAAACUUCUUUUAAUGCUUCUAGGGCUGCAUAAACAAACGAAAGUGGUUUGACACUUUAAAUGGCAAAGAAUUGAACAGUGAGACUGCAGAGGCAUGAUCUAUACACCAAAAUUGUUUCAUUAAGCUAAAGUUGUUUGUGCUUAGUGUCCCUUUAAAUGGCAGUAGCUGCUGCCUAUAGUGUUAAAACCACCAUAUAGCCCACCUGCCUCCCUGAGUAUAGUAAAAUCUUACUUGUAUUCAGGUCUGCAGCUGCUGCCUCUGCCCCUGAUCUGCCUGCUUGGGUGACAUCAUCAGAAGUGAUUCUCUGAGCCAAUCACAAUGCUUUCACAUAGGAUUGGCUGAGACUGUCAGGAGUCAGGACAUGUCAAACACAGCCCUGGCCAAUCAGCAUCUCCUCAUGGGGAUGCAUAGAAUCAAUGCAUCUCUAUGAGGAAAGUUCAGUGUCUCCAUGCAGAGGGUGGAGAAACUGAAUAGUAGUAAGCACCUCUAGCAGCCACCUGAGGAGUGGCCAGUGGAGUUAUCACUAGGCUGUAAUAUAAACACUGCAUUUUCUCUGAAAAGACAGGGUUUACUGCAAAAAGCCUGAAGGGAAUGAUUAUACUUACCAGAACAAAUACAAUAAGCUGUGAUUGUUUUGGUGACUUUCUUGUCGCUUUAAAAUAAAUAAAAUCAAGGGGUUCUGGAAACAUCAUAAACACACAGACUUAAAUGUACACAUCUUAAAAAAAAAAUGUGUAAUUUUUUUUUUUUUUUUUAAUUUUAUUUCUAAGCAGCUGGAGUGCAUGAGAUAUUAUAUUACCUAACAACCCAGCUGCUGUGGAAUGAAAUGUUAUCUAUAUUCAAACACUGAGGCACAUUAACACCCACAUACUGUCUGCUCUUUCACUGUGACUCACUAGUGGAGAAGUAACUUUUCCCAGGACAACUUAGCUCAUCCUGCGCUCACACUGCGCUGGGAAUACUGUUUCUAGCACGUUCCAAGGCGUCCGAUUCUUGCUGACUCCUGUUAGGUGGUAUUCGGCAUUGAGUAUGUUUGGGAGUACAGGUGUCACAGCUGCUGGUUAAUGCUUCAAUUUUGAAUUGGCAAUUCAAUUGGCAAGUGUGACAUCAGACUGUUCUGUACAUCAAUUUAAAAUGAGUGUUUUAAAAUGACAGUCAGACCAUGCAAUAUAUAUAUAUUUUGAAUAUUUCAUUCACCAUUUUUAACCUUUCAUUAUAGCAAGUCUGCACAAGCACAACCGGACUCACACAGGAGAGCGUCCAUUUAGCUGUGAGUUCUGCGACCAGAGGUUUACUGACAAAACCCCUCUAUUGAGACACGUCGCCAGCCGGCAUCAGGAAGGAAGACCUCAUUUCUGCCACAUUUGUGGCAAGACGUUUAAAGGUAACAUUUACACACGGUUUGUUGUAUAAUGAUGCAACAUCACACUUAUUGAUUUAUCUAGAUAGCGUUUUGCAUGUCCCAAUCAGUCCCGAAUUUGUAUUACACUGUCUUGGAGAAUGUGCCAGGUAUCUACUGUCUAUUUUGUUGACCAUUCUGUUACUCUGUUGUUUUGAAGUAAGAUGGUCUUUAAAACAUUGUGUGGAUAACCUUUGCGUAUUCAGUCUAUGCACAGUGCUAGCAAAAUCACCAGCAGAUGUAAAGAUAAAAAAAAAUAUACUUCCAGAAAAUCCCUCCCUCCCAUCAUAGUGCAUGCCUCAAUUCUUGGCACACAGCUGCAUGUUGUGGAUUGCCAUGCCAUGAUUUGGAGGUGAGGAGGCUGCCAAACAUGCAGCCAAACCUGGCCUCCAGGUUUAUAGUCUUAAUCAGCAUAGCAAGUAAAACCCUGGAUGAAAUAAAAUAAUACAAUAAAGUUUGCUAUUCAGUUAGCAUGUACAGAUUCAAUUGGAUUCUUUAUAAUAAUACCAUGCCAGGUAUAGUUUAAUAUUUCCCUGUACAAUUUCCUCUUUUUUUUUUUUUUUCCUUCUAAUAAACAUGAAUGCUUUUUAUUUUUUAUUUUAUUUUUUGCGGGUGGUACAAUCCCUCCAUGUCAGUCUUAAUUAAUUAAAAAAUCCUAACCUUGUGAGUUCAGCUGUUUUAUGAUGUGUUAACAUUGGUGUCUGAGUCUACGACAGGGUGAGGCUAGGUAAACACUAUAUAUCUUUAUUCAAUAAUUAAAAGGUAUAUGAUGUCUUCAAAUAGAGGGUUAGUCCAGCCCCCAAAUACCACUACCGCUUUCUGAAAUGUUCAUGAUAGGAGUAAUUUUUAAUUGUGGUCUAGGCUGCCUAAUGUAAAUUCUGUGCGCAUUUUACAUUCUUUGUUUUGGUUAUGGUACCGUACAAUUUGCAUCUGUGAGCAGCAGUAUUUCACUGUAUAUUGGUUUACACCAUUGUGUUUAAACUUUGCCAUAGCAGCAGUUUGGUUUGGUUACAGUGUCUGGGCUUGUGUGUGUGGUUAUAUGUCUUAUACUUAGUUUUUAUGUGUGCGUUUGUCGGUGUUUAGUUCUAGGCUUUAUGGGCAUCAGGGCUCCGUGCAUCAUUGAGAGAGUGGGCUUUCGGAGUCUGUCUCCCUUGGGUUGACGAUAGCCUUCGCUAAUGUUGGUAUCUGCGUGUUUUGUGUAUCUAAGGUUAAAUCUGUCCCCUUUCUUUUUUUUUUCUCACCUUCUCCUCCUCUCGCGCCCCCCUCCCCGCCCACCCUGUCUCCUUUGCUAAGGUGGAGUGUUUAGGGUCCUCGUGGCUGGUUUGGGUUCUGGCCCCCAGGGAGUGAGUCUGUUUUCACCGUGUCAGUGCCUUGUCCCCUGUUGUCCCGUCCUUGUCUGUCUCCUGAAUCUUGUGUGAUUUGGGUAGUCUUUAUGUCUCUGAUUUCGGUCUAGUCUCCGAAGGGGGUUUUCCCCGUGCAGCUCUGCCAUUUGCCAAUUAUAUCUGUCCGUCUCUUUGUUCUUGUUUGGGAUGUAUGUGCAAGGGAUGUAGUGUGCUGACAUUAUCCCUAGUGGUCGGUGGUUCCCCUCUUCUGUCCUCCCUCUGGUAUCCUAGUGUCUGGUGUUGGCUGGGUCUAGUGGUGGGAAUCGGUCGUCGUGUUAUUUGAGUGGUCUAAAUGUGUCUGCGGUCUUGCAGGGAGGGGGAAAGGGUAGUAAGGUCGGGGGAAGAAGUGUCAAGUGUGCAUAAGCUUCCUGGCUGCGUUAGCACAUUUGGGCCCCCGGCACUGUGGGCCGGUGCGGCAUCCCCUCUCUGUGCGCCGGCUUGUGCCGUUUUCUUGGCCAUGAAGUCCAUCCACGGUAACCAUGUCAAAGCGCAUUUGUCCGAUCGUCGCUGCUGGGAGGCCGUCAUCAUUUCCAUGCUGUAGAUACUUUCCACCCUGUCGACCCACUGUUGGAAGGUGGGUACCGUUGUGCUUUUCCAGUGUGUCGGUAUAAGUGUUUUUGCUGCUGUGAGCAGGUGUAUGGUGAGUCCCUUUUUAUACCUUUUCAGUGGUAUUUGCGUGUGGUUAAGCAGCAUCGUCAGAGGUUGUAGUAGGAGGUCCGCAUCAGUGAUUUCUCUGAUCGUGUGGUGAAUCAGCCGCCAAAAUGGUGCGAUGAGUGAGCACGUCCACCAAAUGUUGAGUCCCGUGCCUGUUUCCGUUCCACAUCUCCAGCAUUCACCGGGUAUUGACUCGUUACAUGCCGGAGGAUGUCCGGGGUCCUGUACCAGUUUGUCAAUAUUUUAUAAUUACAUUCUUGGUAUUUAGAGCUUAUGUUCCCCCUAUGCGUCAGCUGGAAGAUCUUAUCCCAUUCGGGAUCCGUGAGUUCUAUUCCUGUCUUUCUCCCAAUGCUCUGUAAAGCCCAGUGGGCUCCUGUCUCAGUUUUGCUGUAGCGUUGCGUAUGCCGUUGAUACGCCAUGCAAGAGGUGCUGCCUGGCCGUGCAUAGUUGUAACAACGAUCGGUGUAUGUGGUCUUUUCCUGUUAUCGUGGAGUAGUAUGUUAUUUGCUAGUGGUAGUGAAAUUAGUCUAGUCUUGUCGGUCUGCGGUCUGGCAUCAGAGUUUCGAUCCAGUGCAACAUUGGCGUAAGUAUAUCCAGUCUGAUGCCUGAAAGUUCUUCAGGGAGGCAGGAUUGAGUCCACCCGCCAGUCUUGGGUUGUUGGUUAUGGGAGUGAGGGGGUUGGGGGAUGUGGUGAGUUGUUUGGUGUAUCUUAUCCAGCACCAGACCCUCAGUGUGGAGUUGAUCAUCGGGUUUCCUGUGUGCAUGUCUCCGAUCGCGGCUCCUCCUAGCCACAGCAAGGAGGGGCUCUUCCCCUGCGCCUGCUGUAGCUCCAUAUCCACCCAUUGUUUGGUGGCCGGGCUGGCGAGCCAGUCGACCAGUCAGUGUAGGUGGGUCGCCUGGUAGUAUGUGAGUACCGAUGGUAGUCCUGCUCCUCCCAAGUUCUUCGGUCGCUCCAAGAUCGUCCUUCGGAUACGUAUGGGUCGCUGAUUCCAGACAAACUGUCGUAUAUUGGUUGUAAGCGUCUGGAAGAACGUUCGCGGGAUGGUUGUAGGCAGCGUCUGGAACAAGUAUAGGAUUCGGAGCAUUACGUUCAUCUUAAUUGCAUUUAUCCGACCGAACCAUGAGAUGUACUGGGUUGCCCAUUUUUUAAGGUCCUGUUGCAGGGUCAUGAGGAGGGGCGUGAAGUUCAGUUGGUAUAUGUGUAUGAGUUCCUUUGGUAGCCAGAUUCCCAAGUAUCUGAGUUUUGUUGCACAAAUCCUGAACGGAAAGUGUGUUUGGAGUUGUUGCGUUAGAGGCAUCUUGGGCCAACGGCAUAGCUUCUGAUUUAUCCAAGUUGAGUUUUAUGUUGGAUACUUCGUUGUACUCCUUGUAAGUACAGUCCGAACCCCAUGUGCCGUGGGGAUUCAGAUCGGAAUGUCCUAUCCACGCGGUCAAACGCCUUUUCGGCAAGAAGCACCAUUUCUCGUUUGCCAGCUGUGGCCGCAUGGAUAACAUUAAGGGCCCGAAUAGUAUUGUCCCGGGUCUCCCUCCCGGCUAUAAAACCGACCUGGUCUGGGUGUAUUAAGUCAGGUAGCACCCGGGGGGCUCUGAGCGCCAGGGCCUUGGCGAAGAUUUUCAGGUCUGCGUUCGGAAACGAAAUUGGUCUGUAGCUAGCUUACCGUCCUUCGGGAUGAUUGUGACUGUUGCUCUCAGCAUGUCCGUAGGGAACUGACUGCCUGUUCGUAGCGAGUUGAAUCCUUCUAAAAGUCUCGGUACUAGGAUCUCCUUGAAGGUGCGUAUGUAUGAUAUGGGCAAGCCAUCCGGUCUGGGUGCUCUGUGGGGUUUGGUUACUUUCAGUGCGCCUGCCAGCUCUUCGAUUGUCAGGGGUUGGUCUAGUUCGGCUUCUUGUUCCGGGGUAAGUUUGCGGGCUACGUGGCUUUCAAGGUAAGCGGUAAUUCGCUCCUGGUGAUGUCAUGUUGCCGUGUCUGAUUGGUUUUGUGUUUGGUCGUACAGUGCCAAAUAGUACUUUUGAAACGCGUUCAGGAUGCCUUCGGGGAGACGUAUGACGCCUCUUCUCUGCGGGCAGAUCUUAUGGAUGUGUUGUGUCCUCCGUUUCUCCUGUAGCAUUUUUGCAAGCAGUCUGCCACUUUUAUUAGAGUGCUCAUAGAAGAACUUGGCUGUCUUUCGCGUGGUAAGCAGCAGUCCCUGUGAGAGUAUGUUUUUGAGUUCUCUGCGAGCCUCAAUAAGGAGGAAAUAGGUCCCUUCGUCUAGUGUACGUUUAUGUUCCUGUUCCAGUUCGGCGAUUCGUUUAGACAGGUGAGUCGUACGUGCUUUACGGUCUUUCUUGCGCCUGGUGCUAACUGCUAUGAGAUGUUCUCGAAUGACACACUUAUGUGCCUCCCAUAGCGUAAGUGGUGUGAUGUCUGGGGUGUCAUUCGUCAUGAAAUAUUGGGUCAAUGUGUGUGCUGCCAUGGUAGUGACUUCCGAGUCGUCCAGGAGGGUCUCAUUAAGUUUCCAUUGUCUUUCUCUAGGCUUGAAGAGUGGGAAGCUUGUGUGCGUUAACACCAGUGCGUGGUCAGAUUGUUCCAUCGUCCCUAUGUCUGUUCCAUGUAGUAGCGUCAGAUAUUCUUGUGAGAGGAAUAUGUAAUCUAUACGGCUGUAAUGUGCGUGGAUGGCCGAGUAAUAGGUGUAGUCCGGUCUUCUGGAUGACUCGCCCUCCAGCCUCGUCUUGUACAGGGACUGGAGCGCCGCCCGUAGGCAGUGUGCGGGGACCGCACUGUGGCCCCUGGAGGUAUCCAGGCGAGGGUCAAGUGGUAGGUUCAGGUCCCCCGCAACCACCAGCAGGCCCUCCCUGAAGCUCCCCAGUUUGGCCAGCAUCCGACUAAUGAAUAUGCUGUUUUCUAUUGGAGCUAUACAGGCAUGCAAAGGUAUAGGUGUGGUCUGCGAUGGUGCACUUAAGAAAUAGGGGGGCGGUUCAGGACUGCCAUUGUGUGAGCAGGCAGCCGGCUUAUGUUUGAUGUGGGUCGGCACUGCAUCCCAAGAUGCACUCAGGGUUUUUGUGCGGUUCUGCCGGGUUCCACAAGGUCCCUUUUGCUUUACUCCGCUGCUCUUUCCCGCCUCCCACCCUCGCGGUUCCAUGGGUGGAUUUCUCCCUUGUGGAUUGCUCUCCCUGGGCCGGCUUCUACCCUAGCAGGUCCCCUCCCUGUACUUCCCUACCUCCCCAGCUAAACUGUCCGGCUGUUGCCAAUUUGAGUACAUACCAGAUCCCAGGUUUGCGAUUGUCCAGAUUUGGGCUGUAGUGCCAUCGGGGGUGUCAGCUUCUUAUCAUAUGUGGAUUUGGGAAGGUUCUCGGGAGAGGUCUCAGCUCACGUGGGCACCUCACGCCUGUCAGUUAUUCUUCUGGGCCCCCUCUGCAUCGUUGCAGUCCAGAUUCCAUUUGGAGGUUAUGUGCGGCCUCUGUCUGUCCCAUUGCUCGUGCUGAAGGGCCUUCCAGGAUCCAGUUCGGCACAGGUACAGCAGGAAAGUUGGCGGCUUGAAGGAAGCGGGACACGUCAUUCGGCCAGCGGAUGAUGUGCCAAAUAUUGCUUACCCUAGCCUGAAGGCUAAAUGGAAACCCCCAUUUAUAGGGGAUCCUUCUCUCCUGCAACAUUCGAGUGAAUGGCCUCAGGGCCCGGCAGGCGUCGAGUGUGAUCGUGGAUAAGUCCUGGUAUAGGGAGAUCUGGGUGUCCAUGAAGGUUAUCUGUUUGUUGCGCUCUGGCCUCCUGCAUUAUGGUUUCUUUCAGCUGGAAGGAUGCCAGCGAGCAGAUUAUGUCCCUUGGUAAGCCAUCUCUCCUGGGGGCUCUUAGGGCCCUAUGUGCCCUCUCAAUGCUACAGGCCCGUGAGGAUCUCCUGCAGUGUUUCUCCCUCCGCCUCUGGCAAGCCCAGGACCCUGAUGUUAUUGCGACGGCCUCGGUUGUCGAGGUCUUCGAUCUGUCGGCGGAGGCCAAGGGGGAUGUUGCCUUGCCUCGUGGUCGCUAGGUCUGUGGCUUGUUGGCGUUGCUCGUUUUGAAAGCGGUCCGCUUCCAGUUCGUCCACACGCUGCUCCAGUGCGCUGAGGUUGCUCCUAACUGCUGCAAUCUCUUCUCGUAUUAUGGAUCGCAGCUCUACCACAAGGUCGUUCUUGUCCUUGCGGGUUAGCAUACUUGCAGAGAUUAAUGCUAUGUCCGCUGAUAUUUGGGACAAGGAGCCUGCUGCCGGGUGAGUUUCUACUCGAGUCCCCGGUACUGGAUCCGGGGGAGGCGGGCGACGGUGUCCCUGGCACUGCGGAGGCCUUGUGGUGUAGACAAGAACCCGUUCAUCGGGCCGGGCGGGUGCCUUGCUGGGGUCGUGCAUAGCUGUCCUGUAGUUGUUUGCCCCAUUUUGUAGAAGUUUUUAACGCUUUUUGACGCUUUUUCUAAAGGCUUGGCAGGUUGAGGCCUAGGAGCUAGGGUGAAGUGUGUCUCACUCCAUCGGCAGUCAGGCCACGCGCCCCAUGAAUGCUUUUUAUACAGAUACGCUGUACAGAUUUUAUAGUUAUCCAUUGUACAGCACUACAGAAUCUGAUGGUGCUAUAUAAAUAAUAAAAUAAUAUGUUUCCAUAUACAGCCAUAAUGGACCAUAACUAAACAGUGCUCUCAUCUCCCAGAGUUUGUUUGACUGGGGGAAUCUUGGAAGAACAGAUCAGUUGUAAAAAUCAGGAAAAAACAAUUUUCAGAGUUAUUCUUCGACUUAUAAAUUGUUAGGAAUUCAAAUUCAGAUUACAAAUUUAGGUCACAAUUUAGAAAAACGUAGAAAAUCUUUGAUUUCUGCCAGACUAUUACCGAGUUCAGACAGCAGAGGGCAGUUAAUUCUCUAUAUAUUCUCACUUUCUAUUUGAAACAAAUUAAAUGCAUCACGUGUUUGCUGGGUUCAGUACUCUGAAAAAACAUCAAUAGCAUAAAUGUGACCGAUGCUUACUGAGAAUUGUGAUUUUCUUUCUCUUUUAUCAUUUUAGUAAAUUUUAGCAAACUUUGUCCACGUCAGUUACAACAGGUUUGUCGCUGUAAAAUUGUGUGCAAUGUUAUUCUUAAAGCAUACGUGUCCUGCUACUUUUCACUCACCUAAAAUUAAAUCUUCAUAAGUCUUGAUCUACACAUUGUCCUAGUGAAAUUGCUAGCAAUUGUAUAAAUUUAUUGCAAGAAGUCCUAAACAGUUGCCCUCCCCAUCCCUCUUGGCAGACAGACUAUCAGCAUAGACUAUAUGCCGAUCUCUGUCUGCAAGAAAGCCUGCCUACUGGUUGAUCACUGGCAAAGCUUCAUUUAAUGUUCCGUGCACAUGGGCCAUUCAGAGAGACACGACUAAGAGGCUUCACGCACAUGCAGGGAGGCUUAUUGCAGCCCUGGAACUGUUGGGAAAGAGGUGAGUGUGCCUUAAAACGCAAUUAAGCAAUUAAAAAAAAAAAUACAUAUUUGGCAAUUAUAAAGCAAAAGAAACCUAUUUUAGGAACAUUGCAUUUUAACCACCAGGUUUUGUUUAAGAACUUAUAGCACCCCAACCAGUUCAGAUCAUUGCCGUGGUUUUGGUAUUACCAGGCAACUGGCGUCAUCCCUGGGUUCUGUGCCAAACUAUUUUGACACAUUCCAAAAAUCCCACUUCCACAUGAUGUCCGUUUCGUCCAAAUUUGGUCAGCUGACAUUCCAUGUCGUCUAAAUUUGUUUCCCUGUGCCAAAUUUCUAAACUCUAAUGGUAAAUGGAGCAUUCAUUGUUUUUCCAUUGCCAUAUCUAUCAAUCUUAAAGGACCACUCUAGGCACCCAGACCACUUCAGCUUAAUGAGAAACUGCUAUGUUUAUAAAUGGGUUAAUCCAGGCUCUAGUGGCUGUCUCAUUGACAGCCGCUAGAGGCGUUUGCGUGCUUCUCACUGUGAUUUUCACAGUGAGAAGACGCCAGCGUCCAUAGGAAAGCAUUAUAAAUGCUUUCCUAUGAGACUGGCUGAAUGCGCGCGCAGCUCCUUCUGCGCAUGCGCAUUCAGCCGAAGAGGAUCAGAAGCGGAGAGCUCCCCGGCCGGCGCUGGGAAAAAGGUAGGUUUUAACCCUUUCCUCUCCCCAGAGCCUGGCGGGAGGGGGGCUAUGAGGGUGGGGGCACCCUCAGGGCACUAUAGUGCCAGGAAAACUAGUAUGUUUUCCUGGCACUAUAGUGGUCCUUUAAACUACUUAAAGAGACACUACAGGCACUAUAACUGCUUCAUUACAUUGAAGUGGCUAUAGUGUCUGGAGUCCCCUAACCCUGUCCUUUCAUUCAACGUUAAACCAUUUUUAAUGUUUUAAUGCUAGAUGAGAGUUUGCAUGGUCUAAUGAGAAAGCAUUAGCCUGAGCAGCAAUGAGUGACUGUGAAUGGCUGAAAGUGUUAGCUGACUGCUUUCAGCCUAUUCCAGGGCCAUUGAUUGUAUGAAAUUGUAUGGCUAAAAGGAAGUGUGCAAUCUCUGCCUGAGCCAUACGUCCAGUUGGGGCCAGGCUGUGUGUACCCUGGAAUCCUAGUGUUAAAACUGCUCAGAUUGGUUUGAUAUUGAAUGGAGGGACAGUGCCAGUGGCUCUAAGCACUAUAACCAAUGCAGUGAGAUGAAAUUAUAGUGUCUACAUUGCCCCUUUAAAAACACACUGCAAUGAAAAAUGAAUACAAUCCAGUCUUCUAUUAUGGCCAUAAUAACCUAAAACUCAUAGUUAAUGGUUUUUCUACACUGUUGGUCCUAACCUAAUUUUGUUCAUGGGAAACAAAUGAAUCUUCUUAAUCUGUACUGGAGCCCAUCUUAAUUUGCUUUGGAGAUCCCUAUACAAAUUUCUACACAUUUGAUAUAAUUGUUGAGAUAGGAGGAUAGGGCCAUAAUAGGACCAAGAGAGGCGUUUUCUUGGUAUACUGAAAUACAUGUUCUGGGUAGUGCUUGUCAAUCCUGUUUUAUUGUUUGUUUUUUCUCUUUUCUUUCCUUUCAUACUGGUAACUGAACCCACCGUGUUUUUGUUUUUGUUCUUUGUUUUGUGUUAAUCAUCUAUCAGCUAGGAGUAUGCUAGUAACACUUUGAUCUUUGUUUACGGCUCCUAAUAAGAGUUUUGUAAACAAAGGGAAUUUAGAUUUAGCAGGUAAUUAAAUAGAACAUUUACAUUGUGCUUUGGCUGAGUUGUACUUUAUUGCAUUUUAUCUGUUUAUCCAUUCACUUUAUUUGUGUAUUUCUGUCUGUAGCUAUUGAACAGCUGCGGGUGCAUGUGGAGCGACACAAAGGAGUCAGAAAGUUUGAAUGCACUGAAUGUGGCUACAAGUUUACGCGACAAGUAAGAUUUUGGGUUUGGUUCGCUAUUUUUCUUAUUUAUUUGUAAAUGUAAGCAUUGCCAUAGUAAUUAAUUUAAACAUAUUCAUACAGAGGUUUGAGCAAAUCUUGUGAUAUUCUGACAACCCCUUCAUGAGACAUGACAUGCUAGGACUAAGUAAACAUACAUUUAAAACCUCAAUAGUGGGUACUGGUUCAAAGAUGUCGAUUGCCAUGUACAAAAAAUCGAUCCUGCGUCACUUGCCCAAUGCGGCUAAAGCCCUGAUCCCGCUAUAUUGGAAGAAGACGGAGGCACCCCGAAUGGAGGAUUUGUAAGGUGGAGGACAUUCAGGGAUCCGAGGCGAUCCAAGCCUCACUACUUGGUAGGGGGGACAGACAUGCAGAGAUGUGGCGGCCAUGGUUCGCAUUUGUGUCCCGUAGCCGAUAGAGGGAUGGAAAGGGUGGGGGGGACGCGCGGGGGGACAGCUGGCCCGUCAGGGCGUGACCAACCCUGCCUACUUUAUUCCACCCUACCUAACCUAUACUUAGGCCCCGGGGCAACUCUUCUUUCCUCUCUACCAACCUACUUCUGAUUUUCACCUGUAACCUUUACAUAUACACGAGCAAAUGGAUAAGACACACUAACGCUAUAAUGAUAAGCCUGUAUCUUGUCCGGGAUCAGUCAGUGCACCGUAGAAAGACAACACUAUAAUUACCUCAUUCACGCCUAUCACGGUUUCUACCAAUGACUUAAGGACAUGCGCAAACCCUUAAAGGGUGGGAUAGCUGGGACGGACAGAACCAUGACAGGCCUUGUAAUCACAUGCAACACACAGGUCCAUAUUUGUAUGCAAUGCAAAGCCGUAGUAGCCACAUGGAGCCCCUUGAAAGUCAACUACACCCGGUAUGGUUAAGACCCCACCAUAGCGUAGCUCCUCUUUAGAUACCUAGCACGGAGUACCAUGGGUUACAGGUUACACACAAAAAACAUGACACUCCAAGGGAUGGCCUACAGCUACACACAUUGGUGUCAUGUGGAGAAGGGAAGUACUGUACCACAUCAUGUGCUGAUUGUUGUUGUGCACUUGUUUAAAACACCCAGCCUCUAUGAGCCUGGUAUAGACCUACAUAAUGAACACCUCACCUACUAUGUACGCAGCCUUACUGUUUUGUAUGCAACCAGAACCUGCGAGUCCUCACUACUGAAAAUGUUUGUAUUGACAAAACUCAGUUUCUAUACACACAGAAACUUAAUAAAACAGAUUUAAAAAAAAAAAUAGUGGGUACUGGAAAUCUCAAGGUUCUUAUUGGUGGCCUGUCUCUAAACUAAAAGUCACUGGGAUAUUACAGUCAGUCAUAUGCAUGUCCCCGUUCCAAACCCCACCUCCUCCCCCUUAGAGGGCAAUACAUAAAUACAACCAUGAAAGUCUUCCAUGUGUUUCUAAAUGAUAUUCACUGCUCCCGUUUGCUUAUGUUUAGUGCAAUUCCUAAACUUUGACAACUAAGCAAACGUUUACCUAAAGUUUUAUCAACUACAUUGGUUAAAUCUGUGGACUAUGCCACAAAGUGGGAAAAAAAUAAGAGCAAAGGCUGCGCCACAGUAAAUCGUAAGUAAAUACUGUCCAAUUCCAGUGAUGGAAGUAAAUAUAAAAGAAAGUCCAAACUAGGGAUCCUCACUGUCGUCUUUAAAGUGCUAUGUACAGGGGCAAUACUCAAAAAAGAGAAGAUAAAAGAGACCGCCAAUAGUGCUCUCUGUAUAACAAUCUGAGUGGUAAUUAAUUAAAAUGGUACUUACAAGUGGAGAGUAGACUUACUGCUCUUUGAUGUCAGCGUUGGUGGAAUGAUCCCCAUCUAGGAUUUCUUGGGGUACAGGAAACUUCCAGGAAUUUUAAAACCAGGGUAAUAAAAAGCAGGAUAAAAAAAACAAAAAUAGGAUAACAAAAGGCCAGGAAUUAGUAAAAAAAAACAUUUAUAUAAAGAUAAUUGGCACAAGCAAAUGACCAAAAAACCUUUAAUUAAUAAAUACACAGUUAUAAAAUUUCCAUAAUGCGUUUCGUCAACUGACUUUAUCAAAUGGAAUAGAAUACAAUACCUGGCAGUUGGUGUUCUAUAGGAACAUAAUUAAAAGAUUGGCGCCAAAAUAGUUCAACCAAUUAGAAUAGGGUAAAAAUUGGCAUAUAUAAACACUUUAGCUGAAGUAAAUAGAGGAUAUAAUAAAAUGUUUCUCAUAAUUAUUUAUUUAAAACGAGGGUGGGAAAACUUUUUAAUAAGUGAAAGAGUUUUAUUACAUGACACGCGGCACUUCCGCAUUUUAGGAGCUUAGCCGCAUGGGUAAUGUAGUUUACUAUAGCGGCGGUAUCCGCGGCCGUUAGGGCAGGGAAAGGUGGGAUGGACCAGCGAUCGAGGUAGGUCGCGGCCAUCUUGGGGAGGGCAAGGACAGUAAAAAGCGGCCAUAUUAUGGAGGGCAAGAGUAGAUAACGUUAUAAAAAGAAAACCGUCCUUUUUGGGUCAUUAGAGGUUAUACAUAUUAAUGAAUAGUGAACUAGCUAUUAGCAAUACAGUUAAUCCUCUGCUUCUAUCCCCAAACAAAAUAGGGGAAAAGUUUAUAUUCUUAAAUUCACUUAGUAAGAUGAAAAUAAAUAAAUCCACAUAAUAAAAGAUGGAUAUUAACCCCUUCAGACCGGAGGGCGUACUAUUACGCCCUAUAUUAGGCGGCUCUAAACGCCGCCAGGCGUAAUAGUACGCCCUCCGGUUUUUGCCUACUUACCCAGGGAGCCCCCCGUGGCGGAUCCUGCCUCCUCAGCCCCCUAAGGUAUCUUAAUUAAUUACAAUUAGCGGGACCUGCCUGACAACUCAUGCCGAAAGUAAAGGGAAUUUAAUUUGCUAGCACUAUAUUUAACCCUAUAACUUUCCAAGACACCAUAAAACCUGUACAUGGGGGGUACUGUUCUACUUGGGAGACUUCGCUGAACACAAAUAUUAGUGUUUCAAAACAGUAAAAUGUAUUACAACGAUGAUAUCGCCAGUAAAAGUGAAGUUUUUUGCAUUUUUCACGCACAAACAGCACUUACACGGAUGAUAUUAUUGCUGCGAUACUUUUUACUGUUUUGAAUAUUUGUAUUCAGCGAAGUCUCCCGAGUACAACAGUACCCCUCAUGUACAGGUUUUAUGGUGUUUUCAAAAGAUACAGCGUCAAAUAUAAGGCUUGUUUCAUUUUUUUCACAUUAAAAUUCGCCAGAUUGGUUAGGUUGCCCUUGAGACACUAUGGUAGCCCAAGAAUGAAAAUUACCCCUAUGAUGGCAUACCAUUUUCAAAAGAAGACAACCCAAGGUAUUGCAAACGGGGUAUGUCCAGUCUUUUUUAGUAGCCACUUAGUCACAAACCCUGUCCAAAAUUGGCAUUUUUUUGCAUUUUUCACACACAAACAAAAACUAACGCUAACUUUGGCCAGUGUUUGUGACCAAAUGGCUACUAAAAAAGACUGGACAUACCCCAUUUGCAAUACCUUGGGUUGUCUACUAUUGCAAAUGAUAUUCCAUUAUGGGUGUAAAUUUCAUUCCUGGGCUACUAUAAAGUCCCAAAGGCAACGUAACCAAUCUGGCGAAUUUCAAUUUCAAAUGCAACGUACUAUAUAUAUUUUGACGCUUCCCAAAACGCCAUAAAACCUGUACAUAGGGGGUACUGUUUUACACGUGAGACAUCACUGAAUACAAAUGUGUAUUUUAUUUCAGUAAAAGCAAACAGUAUUAUGACAUUUAGACAGUUAAAAUGUCAUGUAGAACUAAAAAAAAUCAAAAACAAUCUUAUUUUCUCCCAUUUUUUUUCAUAUUAAAUUAUGUUUCAUAGCUAAAUAUUUGAUAUUAAAUGAAAGCCCUGUUUCCCCUGAAUAAAAUGAUAUAUAAUAAGUGUGGGUGUAUUUACUAUGAAAGAGGUGAAUUACGGUUGGACAGACAUGUAGCGCAAAUGCCAGGUUUUGUUUACAUUUUGUUUUGUUCACAACGUGUACAUUUGGCUCCGUCCUUAAGGGGUUAACAAUAUGAAUCAACUUAUCUACAAUGUAGAAUAACAUAAAGAAUAAAUAAAUAGAUAAACAAUAAAAGAUGAACAAUAAAAGGGAUGUAAAAGCAAAAUAAUAAAUGCAUAAUCUCUUUUAAAAUCAAAAUCAAAGUCAAUAAAAUAAUUAUUACAUUAGUAAAAUAUUAGCAAUGAAGGAUCUGUGUAUGUUGUCUCAUAUUCUUUCAUCAUAGGCAGACUACCGAGCUGCUUUGAUAUGGAGGUCCAGAUGACCCACUGUACCUGAAGGCUUUCAGUGGUGCUCAAUGUCCUCAACUCCCCUCACCCCCCAGUAUGUUGACCAUGUGAUGGGGACAAUUCUAUUUUAAUAUGGGGGUCCAGAGGUCCCUAUAACUGCUCAGUGUCAAGAAUCUUCCUCAACAAUGGUCAUGCCUGCCAUAAAGUGAGCAUGCCACUUAUUACCCUUAGUUUGUAUAGUUUUUUGCUGGUUGGGGACAUUUCCCUGUAGUCCCAAAUCGAGACAUGAUACAAACCCAGGGCGUCAGGACAGAACCCUGGAUACAAGAUGGUCCUAACGAAGGGUGUGCAUGUUACGAUGAAUACAUAGAGUGAAAUGCACAAGUUGAUCCGUGAAUUAUUUUAGUGAAUACCUAAAGUACAAUUUUAGAUCCAAUUUGGGGGUCGGUUACAAGAAAUAGCCACCUGUGUGAAGCGCUUGGUUAAGGAAUGCAAUAGUACGUUUUUGCAAUGUCUUUUAAAAAAAAAAAUCAUUGUGGGAGUAGUGAAAGGAAUGUGCUGAGAUUAGGUAAUGCUGUAGCGAGGGAGAGAAGAUGUGGCUGUAAAAAGUGCUGAAUCAAUGUAAUAUAAGGCUAGUUUCACGAUUUCCAGUUAGUUUUUUAUUCUGCCUUGCUAUGGAGAGAGCUCACAAAUGAUAUACAUCAUAUGCAGUAUGAAUGCAUUUGUUAUACACUGAUCAGCCACAACAUUAAAACCAUCUGCCGAAUAUCAUGUAGGUCCCCCUCAUGCUUCCAAAACAGCUCUGAUGCGUUGAGACUUGGACUCCAUGAGACCUCUGAAAGUGUCCUGUGCUAUAUGCAAAUCUUUUAAGUCCUGAAAGGUGCGAGGUCCAUCGAUCAGAUUUGAUAUUCCAGCACAUCCUACAGAUGCUCAAACGGAUUGAGAUAUGUGGAAUUUGGAGGCCAAGGCAACACCUUGAUCUUUGUCAUGUUCCUCAAACCAUUCCUGAAAAAUGUUUUCAGUGGUGCAUUAUCCAACUGAAAGAGGACACUAACAUUAAGGAGCACAAUUGCCACUAAAUGGUGAAUGUACUCUGCAACAAUCUCUAGAUAGGUGAUACCUGUUAAAGGAACAUCCACAUGAAUGCCAGGACCAAAGGUUUCCCAGCAGAACAUUGCCCAGAGCAUAACACUGUCUACACAGCCUGCCUUCUUCCCAUAGUGCAUCCUGCUGUCAUCUCUUCCCCAGAUAAACUACGCACACACAGCCAUCCAACUGAUCUAAAAUAAAACUUUAUCAGACCAGGCAACCUUCUUCCAUUUCUCCGUCCAGUUUUGACGCUCACGUCCCCAUUGAAGGUGCUUUUGGUGGACAAGGGUCAUAAUGGGCACUCUGACUGGUCUGUGUCUACGCAGCCCAUAUGCAGCAAACUGAGAUGCACUGUGUUCUGACCCUUUUUUUUUUGAUGUGCGGAAGAAUACUUAUUGACUUGUCAUGCCCCAACAUGGUCUUGAUAAGGAAGUCAAUAUUACUUGUGGUAAGGCAUUUAGAAAUAAAAAAAAUGCACAAUUUGCAAAGGAAUAAACUAUCUAGACCUGAGUGUAAAUAAUAAACGUUACGCCAACUAUGCUAUAACCUCAAGCUGCGGCUGGGCGGCCAUCUUGGACACAAUGCUAAGACAGAAUCGGUAAGGUCUGUUCAAAUUCAGCAAAGGAGCAAGUUCCCCAGGUAUAAGAACCAGUGGGGGGAAGUGACGGGGCUGUUGUGUAGACGCUUUGAGCCUUGAGAGUCAGUUCAGAAGAUCAUCUUCCUCUCCAGCCUUUAGGUCACCAGCUUCAAUAGGCCACAGGUCUGGACGGACCAAUUGCUUGUCGCUGCUGUGGUUUACAGGACCGAUAAUGUCCUCUCCGGUGAGUCGUUGGACUGCUAGUUGCUCUGGGACAUUUCCAGCGAUAUUGUGUCGGUUUAAACAAGUUAACUGCUCAAAAGUACGUCCAGCCAUCUUGGGAGUAAGGUCCCCGUGUUCUGACACCUUUCUAAAAUGACCUGCAUGAAGUUUUUCAGCAAUUUGAGCUAUAAUAGCUCGUAUGUGUGAUUGGACCAAACGUAUUAGCCUUCGCUCCCCACUUGCAUCACUGAGCCUUGGGCGCCCAUGACUCUGAUGCUGGUUCACCGGUUGUCCUUCCUUGCUCCACUUUUGUUAGGUACUAACCACUGCACACUGAGAACACCCCAGAAGACCUGCUCUGACCCAGUUGUCUAGCCAUCACUACUUGACCCUUGUCAAAAUCACUCAGAUCUUUGCCCUUGCCCAUUUUCCUGCUUCCAACACGUAAAAAUUCAAGAACUGACUGUUCACUUGCUGCCUAUUAUAUCCCACCCUUUGACAGGUGUCAUUGUAACAAAAUAAUCCAUGUUAUUCAAUUCACCUGUCAGUUUUGGCUGAUCAGUGUUUAUGAUGUGUGAGUAUAUAAGAAAAAGUGCAUCUCUGUUUGUGAACAUGGUAAAUUUGUGAUCUCUGAGGAGGAAGUAACUAAAUGCACUUUUGACAGAAACACUAGCAUAGAAAGGCUUUCUUUAGGAAGAUAUAGUUUUGAAUGAGUCGUAAUUUCUUUGAAAUUCCAGUGUAACUAAAAGGAGACAAAGUAGGGAAUAUUUUGUCUUAUGCUUUUUGUUAUCUUUGGCAAAAUAUGGAGUUUGCUGUCAUUUCCUAUCUACCAUUGGUUGCAAUCGCUGAUAGAUACGUGUAUCUUGCAUGAUGGCACCUUAUUGCUCAUGCAUGAGCUUAUGUAGGCAUUAUCUUGCGGUAUCCCUGUGGUAAACUGUCUCACAUGCACAAAAGUGCAGGGACAGCAGCAGAUGAAGAAUUAUGGUGGCAAGACGAUGGCUAUGAUGAAGAGGGACAGGUUAAGAGAAGUAUGUUGUCUUAAAAUGCAAAGGCUAGCAUGUGACUGCCACGUUAACGCAGCUGUGAUUGUGUGUACUUGUGACUGUGUAUAGGUCUGUGAUUGUAUGUGCAUGUGUGGAUCUAUGAUUGUAUGUAUGUGACUGUAUAGGUCUGUGAUUGCAUGUGUAUGUAAGUGACUGUGUGUAUAGGGCUGUUAUUGCGUGUAUAGAUCUAUGAUUGUGUGUGUGUGCGUGUGCGCGUGUAAGGAAGAAAGGAAUAUGGCAUUUGCUGGGAGAGUGCAUGUGUAGUGAAUGGAAAUGGAGUUUGUCACUGUAAGACAAAAUCUGUGGUGUCGGUGUGAUAAGUGCGCCAGUUGUGUACAUGUGAGGACGUGAAUGUGAUUCCGGUAAUUGCAUAGGUUUGCCCAUGGAGAGUGCAUCUGCAAUGUCUAAAAGUGGUGUUUAUAUGAAGGGUAUGUAUACAUACAUAUGGCUUCUGUAGUAGAGUAAAUCUGUGCUGGUCAAUAUUAGAACAGUGAGUGAAGAUUUAAGGCAUGACAUCAUGGUGUGUUUACUGGGAAUGCAUAUCUGGUAUGAGUGAGGGCAUUUAAAACAACCAGCAAUUCUGAGCUGUGGGAGAGCAGCGUGCAACAGUAGUGCUGUGAUUAGAAUGAAUCCAUGUUGGUGUGGAGCAAUCAUGUGAAACUCAAUCUGGAAUGGGCCACGUAAGGUUUAAGUUUAUGUGGGACGCAAAAAAAACAAAAAAAAUUUCAUAGAAACGUAGGUUUAUUUUAAAAAGUACAGUAUAAAAUAAACAGCAUUGCGCUCUACUAAAUCCCAGUUCCCCCACUAAACCACAGCACCCCCUCUACCACCAUGUGCCAAAUUUGAUCCUCCCGCAGACACACACACAUACUCACACACAAACACACACAUUCAUUCUUUUCUUUAUUGCUCCUUACCUUUUGGAGCCGAUGCAGAGCAUCUCCCUGGGGUCCUUCUAUCUUCUCACUGCUCCCUCGCGCGGUUUAGUGGUGCCGGAAUAGGACAUCUUAUUCCGGCGCCCGGCUUCACUACAGACUGUGCGCGCGAGGGAGCAGUGAGGAGUACAACACUGAGCUCCCUCCCCCCGGCCUGGUAAGUGUUAGCAGAGUAGGCACCUGCAAUGUGGGGAAAGCAGGUGCCUAUUCUGCUAUAGCACCAGCAUGUACUCACGGCUCGCCGGGCCGCGAGUUUGACAUGCUUGGUGUGGAGUAUUGACUGCCUGAUGAUACUAUUAAAUGGAAACUAUAGUCACCAGAACAACUACAGCUUAUUGAAUUUGUUCUGGGGAGUAGAAUCAUAACCGUCAGGCUUUUUGCUGUAAACACUGUCUUUUCCAUAGAAAAUGCAGUAUUUACAUUACAGCUUAGCAAUAACUUCACUGGCCACUCCUAAGAUGUCUGUUAGAGAUCCUUCCUGGGUCAUUGCUGCCUAAAAUGCAUCAAAACAUUCAGUGUCUCCUCCCUCUGCAUGCAGACACUGAACUUUCCUCAUUUUUUCCUCAUUCGUUGAUUCAAUUCAUCUCUAUGAGGCGAUGCUGAUUGGCCAGGGCUGUGUUUGACUUGUGCUGGCUCUGCCCCUGAUCUGCCUCUUUGUCAGUCUCAGCCAAUCCUAUGGGGAAGCAUUGUGAUUGAAACAGGCUACCACUUCUGCUGAUGUCAGCAGGCAGGUCUAAAGGAAACAGGGACAAAGUAAGCAGCUGCAGACUUGAACACAAGUAAGAUUUUACUAUAUUUAGGGAGACAUGAGGAGACCAGGGUGGCUAGAUAGUGGUUUUAACCUUAUAGGGUCAGGAAUACAUGUUUGCGGUCCUGACCCUAUAGUGCUCCUUUAAGACACAAUAUAAGCAUACAUAUAAAUUAUGUUGUAGUUUGUGUCUCUGUUCCUCCCACAUGUUUGUUGAACAAAAUCCAUCCUCUAACCCAAUGUCAGAUAGCACUGUCUUACAACAUUAGAGAUAGGUCUGUCAGCCAAGUAAUGUACUCAAACUUGCAUUAAUCAGGAGCAGGAUCGAAAAUCAUAAUUUUAUUUUAAAGUAUACAUAGUUAAUCAGUUUUCUUGCAUGUUAAACAUGUUCUUAUGCAUUCUAUGAUUGCUUUUUAAGGCACAUCUUCGACGCCAUAUGGAAAUUCAUAACCGAAUUGAAAAUUACAAUCCACGUCAAAGGAAACUUCGCAAUCUAAUAAUUGAAGAUGAAAAAACUGUGGUGGUCGGUUUGCAAAACUCAGCCGAAAUAGUUGACCUGCAGAACCAAUCAGUGGUGGCUGGUUUGCAGAAUCAGCCUGUUAUAGUCACUUUGCAGAGUCCAUCAGUGGUGGUUGGCUUGCAGAGUCCACAUGAACUUGAGGUGGGCCCUGGUGAAGUCAUAGUUGAGUCUAUUAAUUCAAACCAACUUUCGGACGAUGUUACAGAGCAAAGGAUAUGCCCUCCUGACGCAUUCCCUCCUGAUGUUAUAGAGCAGUCCAUUUUCAUUACAGCAACAACAAUUCCUGAAGAUGAAUGUGAAACAUGAUCACCUCCCUGUGUUGCAUUAUUAAUAAAGUUGGAGGUUUUUUGUUUUGUAUUUUUAAUAUUUAUUAGCCUAAGCUAUUUUCUUUACUCAUGAAGAUUGUUUAAAGCUACUUAUUUAUACUCGCAACCAUUUUCAAUGCCAGUUACAAUUUACCUCUUUCAAGUGACCUAAUAGCAAUAAGCAGACAGGAUCUAAUGUGCAUUAAUAACCAAGAGCAUAGGUCUCCAUCUUAAACAGCUUCAGCAAUGUUCAAAAUAAAUGCUCCAAAUUUCAAAUCUGGAUUUAUUAUUUUUAGGUUUUUUUUUUUUUUUUUAAUUAUGCAUAAAUUGUAAAGUAUCAAACAGGUGGAUAUACAAGUGAAUUGCAAAAUUUGGAGUGGAUCUAAAACUGGUUAGUAGACUUUCAUAAAAUAAG